UAAUUAAACUCAUAAAACUCCUCAGUGUUUUCAAAAUGAUGGUUCCCUGGAUGAGUAUGCUUCGCCAUAUAUGUGUCAGCACACAUUUCAUGAUGGUAUGAAAUUUAUAUUGCUAUGUUUCUUUUUUCAAGUUGCAUGUGAUUUAUUUAUUUUCUGGUCAGAUAUGCAUUUUAAUAUAUUAUCUUUUCUAUUGUCAGUCUGCUUAUUUUCUAGACUCAUAUGAACACUGCCCAGUAUUAACAAAUAGCAAUACACAGUGAAUCUACUUUUGCCUGUUGAUUGUCACUACUGCAGUGCAUACCUCUCCCCACUCAUCCUCUUCAUCUAGGUUUACAUUAUUGACCUACAGCUCUAAUAUCAACCAAAACCAGAGUAAACAAAAUUAAUUUUAAGUGCUGAAAAAAGUGACAGUAGGCAGGUGCCUACUUUACUUACUGGCAAUUCCAGUUUUAAAUCGUAAUAGUUUUGAAGAUUGAAUUAAUUCAUCGAGGUACAAAAAUUGUUUUUAAAUCCUUGUAUUUUGCUUUAGUCCACAAAUGGAACCAAAUGGGAUAGCAAGAUGCUUAUUUAGAUGCAAUUUUCAGUGUUCUUAACAAUGUUACAUGUUUAGCUAUUUUAAAAUCCACCUAACAUAAGUGUGCAGGAUAAGAAUUGUGCAAAGCUAAGGUAAAAUAGCUCCCUACCAGAUAUUAGUAAGUUAGUUAUAGAACUCAAAUUUAAUAUUUACAUUAAUGUUUAUAUUUAAAAGGUGCAGCUGAAAUAUUUUAUUAAUUAUGUACUAUUUUUUCUUUCUUUUUUUUAUUGCAGCUAUCUGCUGUCGUCUUUCUAUUGGCUUACUCAUCACUUGGAUAUCUUAUGUUUAAUUCUAAUACCUACACAUUUAGUAGUGUGAUAAAGUCCCUUCAUAUUCUUUUCAUCCAUUUGCUGAAAGUUGGUGGUUCAAAAUACACUUGCAUACAAAAUUCAGCCAUGUCUAAUCAUGUUUCUGUGGUUUGUUUUUAUUGGACUUUCUUCAUUGUAAUGGCCUUUGCAUUGACGGGUAUGGUAAGUAGAGCAAAUAACUCUUAAUUUUCUCCAGCUCUGAUUCGAUGUAUAUGCAAUAUAGUUAACAAGAGUGUUGGCAAUAGAUUCUGUGUAGUGUAAUUGUGUAAAAUAGUCUAACUGGGUGGUUCUUGCAGGAGACUUCUUCAUGUCUCACUCAACACACACUAUAUAGUAGUGGAAUUGUGGAUACAGAAAACAGAUUCCCAUACACAGUAGUCUUCACAUCAGAACACUGGCUCUCUGGCCUGAUUCUAAGAGGCUCAGGUUACAAGUUCCAAGAUACUAAAGGAAGUAGCUGCAUGUAUCGUAUUGCAACUACAUACUAAUAGGUUAUAUUUAUUCAUAAUAUAGCUUUACAAUGCUCUCCUUGUAUUUUUCACUCCUAUAUUUUUCUCCUUCUAUCCACUCAUUUAACCCCUAAAAGGCAGAGACAAUUACUGAUCAAAACACAACCUAGAAUUUGAAGUCUAUGUCUCUUCAACCAUUUAUUACAUCCACACUUAUUGUAUAUUAUUUUGUUCAGGAGUAAAAAGGUUUUCAUUAUAUAUCAAAUAUUUAUGAAACAUAAUUUAAUAAGAAUAAAAUCUAAAAAAAAGUGUGAAAAUUAAAUUCUUUUAGUUCUGCAUGGCAUUUUAACAGUGAAUGUCAUAAUACUGUUAGCUUUUACUGUAAUAAAAUGCACGUAUUUGUGUUUAGCGGUGUCUCAUGAGUACAACACUAUCCCCCACGUACACUUUUGAUAGGGUUUUGGAAAGUUACAGAGUCAAAUAUAGGGCUUUCCCCUUUUCAUCUUAUACACAUUGAAAUUUGCCAGAUUGGUGUGCCUAUGUUGCCUUUGAGACUGUAUGGCAACCCAGGUAGGAAUAUCAACCUAUCACGGCAUACCAUUUGCAAAAGUAUACAACACAAUGUAUUCAAAAUAAGGUAUGUCUUUUUCCUUUUUUAGUAGCCACUUAUUCACACACCCUGGCCAAAGUCAACGUUCAUAUUUGUUUUUUGCAUUUAUCACAAAAAAACUGUAAUUUAACAGAUUAUAUCAUCAGCAUUAUACAUUUCACUGCUCUAAAACACUUAUAUUUGUGUUCAAUGAUAUCUCACAUGUAGAUGGGUUAUGGAAAGUUACAGGGUCAAAUAAAAUGCUUUCCCAUUUUCAGUUUUGAAAUUUGCCAGAUUUUUUAUGUUGCUUUUGAGACCAUAUGGCAGGAGAGGAAUGAGAAUUACCUCUAUCAUGGCUUACCAUUUGCAAAAGUAGACAACCCAAGGUUUUCAAAAUGAUGCAUGUCUUUUCUUUGUUAGUAGCCACUUAGCACAAAUCAUGGCCAAAUUUAGCAUACAUAUUUGUUUUUUGCAUUUUGUUACAUACAAACUCCAUUUUCAUUGAUCAUAUCAUCAUUACAAUAUGUUUUACUGUCUUGAAACACACACAUAUAUAUAUAUAUAUAUAUAUAUAUAUAUAUAUAUAUAUAAAAAGAUGAUGGCUUGGCACUCUCCUUAAAAAAGAAAAUCAAUAUACUACUUGCCUGGGUGCAAAUCAUAAGCGUCAAUAAUAUAAGAAAAAAGUUUCCAGAUGCACUCACAGGUCUUCAAAUAUAGGGAAAAAACUGGUGCUUUAUUAAUCCAUAUGUGAUAUACAACGAAAAUCAAUAGACGUUUCGACCGUGCCGGGUCUUUUUCAAGAUCAUUAGGUGCAUAACAAUACAGUGUAUAUAUAUUAAAUAUAAAAAUAUAUGUAUGUGCACUUACCCAAUAGAGAAGUGAGGUGAAGGGUGUCUGCCCGUUAGAACCCGGAAGUGAUUGGAAGCCGCACGGAACGUCACGUGAUCGGACGUCCGACGGAGGAAACCGGUUACCAUGGUGAAAGUAUACAACCAGAGUAAAGCUCUUGUCGAACGCAAGAGAAACAAGUUACAGUGAAGGAAGGUUGAUAGUGUAAACUAUCAGCAUAAUAGAGUGAUUGAUGUUGCCAAAAAUAGAUGAAGUUAAAGUGAAAGCAACAGUGUUAUCACAUGCAAAUAAAGAAAAGUGGCAUAUAAGUGAAAAAAUUAAAUCCACACAAAAUGUGCAAUCUAUUACAUAACAUCUAGAUAAUGGCAUCAAAAUUUUUUAAAAACAAAGCAAGAGAUCAAACAUAUACAUGUCAUAAUAUAUUAAUAGAUAGAGACAGAGAAAUAGUAAUCUAAUCCCUAAGAGAAAUUAUUUGAUAUAAUAAUAACAACAAAUAUUCAAAAAAUAUAUAGUAUUAUAGUGAUAAUCUAGAAAAAAUCUAGAAAAAAGCUCCAAGCUCUAUACAGGCAUAUUAUAUCACAAAAUGAAAAAAAUAGUAAAAGAAAAAUAAUAAAAGACAAACAAGCCAUCUAUAGAUUACUGGCCUAGAAGACAGAUAAGCUAACAUAAAGACAUAAAGACAUCCUGUCAAAUAUUAUAAACCUAACUCCAUCAAGGGACUGAUGACAUAUAGAUACCACAGAUAAAUAAAUGAACGGUAUAUCUAAAUAGAAAAAAGGAUGUCUAUAAUAAAUCGCUAAAAAGAUUUACAUAAACAAAUCCCCCUCAUACUAUGUAGUAUAGCUAUCUGCAUCUAGAAUUAAACACAUACAGCCAUAAAAAGAAAAAAAGUGGUUAUUGUAUACCAAAUGCCUAGUCUAACUAUAAUUAAAGAUUUGCACAACGGCAAAAAAGAUAUUUUAUAUAUACUCUGUCCCUAUGUUGCCAUAAAGCUAACAUAGUUUAACCAAUGUUCCAUGCGGCUUCCAAUCACUUCCGGGUUCUAACGGGCAGUGUGUGUAUGUGUAUAUAUAUGUAUAUAUAUAUAUGUAUGUGUAUAUAUAUAUAUAUAUAUAUAUAUAUAUAUAUAUAUAUAUAUAUAUAUAUAUUUGUGGUCAAGGAAAAAAGCAGAGUAAGUGUUAACCAUUAUAUUUACUAAAGUUGGUUGUGGUGUGCUGAAACCGACGUUUAGGCAGGCCUGUAAAUAAAGAGGGCCCACCAAGAUGGAAUUUUGUAAAUAGAGAGUGGUGGGUAGGGUGACCAAUCGAUGGCAUCCCGGAAUAGAGGUAGGUUUGGGUUUAUAUAGGCCGGAUCAACCCCUCCCACAACUCCUGGCUGCGCCUUUCCAUUUGUGGUCUGGGAAAAAAGCAGAGUAAGUGUUAACCAUUAUAUUUACUAAAGUCGUUUGUGGUGUGCCGAAACCAACGUCUUUUGAUUAUGUGCACUGGUACAUUUUGACUAGAGGCUGCUGUUGCUGCACCUAUGUAAAAUGAAUGGCCAGUGAAAGUCGAAGCAUUGCAACUAGUGAUGUCGCGAACAUAAAAUUUUCGGUGGCGAACGCAAACUUCCGCAAAUGUUCGCGAACGGGCGAACCGCCAUAGACGUCAAUAGGCAGAUGAAUUUUAAAACCCACAGGGACUCUUUCUGGCCACAAUAGUGAUGGAAAAGUUAUUUCAACGGGACUAACACCUGGACUGUCUCAUGCCGGAGGGGGAUCCAUGGCAAAACUCCCAUGGAAAAUUACAUAGUUGAUGCAGAGUCUGGUUUAAAUCCAUAAAGGGCAUAAAUCACCUAACCUAAAUUGUUUGGAAUAACGUGCUUUAAAACAUCAGCUAUGAUGUUGUAUCGAUCAGGUAGUGUAAGGGUUACGCCCGCUUCACAGUGACAGACCAAACUCCCCAUUUAACGCACCGCAAACAACCGCAAACAGUCCAUUUGCACAACCGCAAACUCCCCAUUUGCACAAGGAUGGAUACCAAGCUAGCCAUGUCCCAUUCCUUGUCCUCACUGAUGUCAUUGAAGGUCUCUUCCUCCACCCAGCCACGUACAACACCAAGGGUCCCCAAAAGGUGACAACAAGCCCCCUGGGACGCCUGCUGUGUUUGGUCUUCCACCUCCUCAAAGCCACCUUCCUCCUCUGACUCCUCUUCUUCAGACUCCUCUCUCUGCAUUGCCUCUCUCUGCGUUAUUAUAAGGUGUGUUAAGUAGUACUAUUCCUAUUAGUUUAAUCCCUGUUACGUCCCCUUUCAGGGGACGUGUAUAUGGCAUCGAUUUUAGGAACCGGGAGAUGGAAAAAGAUGCUUGGUCGGUCCUCCUUCUUCAAAUUUGGGGCACCGCGCGUGCAAUCUAAUGUGCCACCCGAUAGGAGUGGUGUGUUAAGUAGUACUAUUCUUAUCAGUUUAAUCCCAAUGUCACGACUACUAGUGUGGUCCAGCAUGCAGAAACUAUGUAAACAUAUACAUAGGCAAGAAAAGGAAAAUAAAAGGACAGAGCGUAAACCGGACUUUAGAAUGGCCGGACUAAUACGCUAGAGACAGAGAAUGGUCAAAGGGAAAGCUGAGGUCAAGGAAGCCAGAAAAUACACAAUACCGUUUACACAAGCCAAGAUCAGGAUACCAGGAAAUCAGAUUCAUAAUGAUAAAGCACUCUCAGGAAACCAGGAACAGGAAACCACGACAGGGCAAGGUACUGGGUCGGGCUAGGGAUUUAAAUAUCACGCGGCAGGCUGGCAGCCGCGACACCCUGUUAGUAGUGAUGUCGCAAAUUUUUCGCAAACCGCUCGCGAACGGUUCGCCAGGGUUCGUGGCGAACCGUUCGCGGCGGACUCCAGUCAGCUGACACAUCCCGGGAAAUAUGCAGCAGACCCUCCCUCCCAGACCCUCCCACCUCCUGGACAGCAUCCAUAUUGAAGGCAGCUUCAAUAUGGAUGCUGUCCAGGAGGUGGCAGGGUCUGGGAGGGAGGGUCUGCUGCAUAUUGGCCGGGAUGUGUCAGCUUCAAUAUGGAUGCUGUCCAGGAGGGGGGAGGGUCUGGGAGGGAGGGUCUGCUGCAUAUUGGCCGGGAUGUGUCAGCUGACUGGAGUCCGCCGCGAACGGUUCGCGACAUCACUACCUGUUACGUCCCCCUCAUCAGGCCUUUUUUAGUCUAAUGUAUCGCCCACUGUCAGUCCCUUCGGGAUCCAACCCUCAUUCAUCUUAAUAAAGGUGAGGUAAUCUAGACUUUUUUGACCUAGGCGACUUCUCUUCUCAGUGACAAUACCUCCUGCUGCACUGAAGGUCCUUUCUGACAGGACACUUGAAGCAGGGCAGGCCAGAAGUUCUAUUGCAAAUUGGGAUAGCUCAGGCCACAGGUCAAGUCUGCACACCCAGUAGUCAAGGGGUUCAUAGCUCCUCAGAGUGUCGAUAUCUGCAGUUAAGGCGAGGUAGUCUGCUACCUGUCGGUCGAGUCGUUCUCUGAGGGUGGACCCCGAAGGGCUGUGGCGAUGCGUAGGACUUAAAAAGCUCUGCAUGUCCUCCAUCAACAACAUGUCUGUAAAGCGUCCUGUCCUUGCCGGCGUGGUCGUGGGAGGAGGUGGAUUACUUUCACCUCUUCCCCUGUUAGAUUCCCGUUGUGCUGUGACAUCACCCUUAUACGCUGUGUAAAGCAUACUUUUUAAUUGAUUUUGGAACUGCUGCAUCCUUUCCUACUUGCCAUAAUUCAGUAACAUUUCAGGCACUUUCUGCUUAUACUGGGGGUCUAGUAGCGUGGACACCCAGUACAGGUCAUUCUCCUUCAGCCUUUUUAUACAAGGGUUCCUUUAACAGGCACGACAGCAUGAAAGACCCCAUUUGCACAAGGUUGGAUGCCGAGCUACUCAUGUCCUGUUCCUCGUCCCCAGUGAUCUCACUGAAGGUAUGUUCUUCCCCCCAGCCACGUACAACACCACGGGUACCAGAUAGGUGACAACGAGCACCCUGGGAUGCCUGUUGUGGUUGGUCUUCCUCCUCCUCCUCAAAGCCACAUUCCUCCUCUGACUCCUCUUCCUUACAAUCCUCUUCCAGCGUUGCCACAGGUCCAGCAAGCGAUGCUGAUAAGGCUGUUUCUGGUGGUGAUGAUGACCACAACUCUUCCUCUUCACGCUCAUCUACGGCCUAAUCCAGCACUCUUCACAGGGCACGCUCCAGGAAGAAAACAAAUGGUAUGAUGUCGCUGGUGGUGCCUUCGGUGCGACUGACUAGGUUUGUCACCUCCUCAAAAGGACGCAUGAGCCUACAGGCAUUGCGCAUGAGCGUCCAGUAACGUGGCAAAAAAAUUCCCAGCUCCGCAAAGGCUGUCCUAGCACCCUGGUCAUACAAAUACUCGUUAACAGCUUUUUCUUGUUGGAGCAGGCGGUCGAACAUUAGGAGUGUUGAAUUCCAACGUGUCGGGCUGUCUCAAAUCAAGCGCCUCACUGGCAUGUUUUUUCACCACUGGAUAUCUGAAAAGUGCGCCAUGGCCGUGUAGGAACGCCUGAAAUGGCCACACACCUUCCUGGCCUGCUUCAGGACGUCCUCUAAGCCUGAGUACUUAUGCAAAAAGCGUUGUACGAUCAGAUUACACACAUGUGCCAUGCACGGCACAUGUGUCAACUUGCCCAAAUGCAAUGCCGCCAACAAAUUUCUUCCAUUGUCACAAACCACUUUGCCGAUCUCCAGUUGGUGCGGAGUCAGCCACUGAUUCACCUGUGCAUUCAGGGUGGACAGGAGUGCUGGUCCGGUGUGACUCUCUGCGUUCAGGCAAGUCAACUCCAAGACGGCGUGACACUGCCGUAUCCGGGAUGUGGAAUAGUACCUGGGGAGCUGGGGGGGUGCCGUUGAUGUGGAGCAAGACGCAGCAACAGAAGAGGACUCAGACGAGGAGGUUAUGGAAGAGGAUGGAGUAGGAGAAGUAGAGGAGGUGGCAGCAAGCCUGCCUGCAAGUCGUGGCGGAGUCACCAACUCCUCUGCAGAGCCACGCAUUCCAUGCAGGUUUACCCUAUGCGCAGUGUAGGUGAUAUACCUGCCCUAACCAUGCUUUGCAGACCAGGUAUCAGUGGUCAGAUGGACCCUUGCCCCAACACUGUGUGCCAGACAUGCCAUUACUUCCUUUUGCACAAUCGAGUACAGGUUGGGGAUUGCCUUUUGUGCAAAGAAAUUUCGGCCGGGUACCUUCCACUGCAGUGUCCCAAUAGCUACAAAUUUUUUGAACGCUCAGACUCCACCAGCUUGUAUGGUAAAAGCUGGCGGGCUAAGAGUUCAGUCAAGCCAGCUGUCAGACGCCGGGUAAGCCAGGUAAUAAAAACAAAAACUUUUUUGACUGUAAUAUAAUAGCAGUCAGUUUCCUACACGAGUGUGCAUUUCAGGGCCUGCACAGUGCCACCACGGGUAAGCCGGGUAAGCCAAUGUCACUUUGUGACAUUGGCUUCUUACGCUCAAACAUGUCCUUGACAGACACCUGACUGUGGGCAGAUGAGCGGGAACUGCUCAAGGCAAGAGACGGAGGGGCUGAUGGUUGAGAGGGGGCAAGGAGGACAGCAGUGGUUAACGUGGCUGAAGAUGCUGGACCAGGAGGAGGGUGGCGGCUUUGAUUUUGUGUGCUGCUUGUACUCAUGUGUUGAUCCCAUAGGCAUUUGUGAUGUGCGAUCAUGUGCCUUCGCAAAGCAGUUGUACCUAGGUGGACGUUGGACUUCCCACGACUCAGUUUCUUUUGGCACAGGUUGCAAAUGGCAUUGCUGUUGUCAGAGGCAGACACACAAAAAGAAUGCCACACUGCUGAGCUCUGCAAUGACGGCAUUCUGGUGGUGGCAACAGCAUGCUUUGAUUGGCGUGCUGUCUUGCUGACCCCGGGUGCCGAUGCAUGCUCACUGACUGUGCCACUAGCUCCUUGCAAUGACCUCCCCCUGCUUCCAACUCGUCUCCUCCUCCUCCUCUCUGUCUCCCCAUCUGAACUUUCCCCCUGUUCUUCUUCUCUUCUAGCGGGCACCCACGUGACAUCCACGGACGCAUCGUCAUCAUCAACCGCUUCACUUGUAUCUGACAACUCAGCAAAGGAAGCAGCAGCGGGUACAACAUCAUCAUCAUCACACCAUACGUCCAUGUGUGUAAUGCUGCCUGACUGAGACAUAUCCCUGUUAUCUACAUCCUCUGGCAAUAAUGGUUGCAUCGCUCAUCACUCAUUUCUUCCAACUGAUGUGUAAAUAACUCCUCUGACAUACCAAGUGAAGCUGCUGUGGUGCUAGUGUUGGUGGUGGCGGCAGGCGGGCGAGUGGUAACUUGAGAGGUGCCCGAAGCUAAGCUGGAAGAGGAUGGUGCGUCAAGGUUCCGAGUGGAAGCUGUAGAAGAUUGGGUGUCCUGUGUUAGCCAGUCAGCUAUGUCCUCAGAACUUUUCGAGUUCAGGGUAUGUGGCCUCUGAACACUGGGCAUUAUUCUAGGGCCAAAGGGAAUCACAGCCUGCCUCUGCCUGUCAGUUUUUUUUUCAAUUAGUGGUACUAUGCGUGCAAGCUACUGUGACAACAGAUAUGAGUGGCACUGUGCAGUGGCACAAGUUGGCAGAGUAGACGCUGUAGGCCUGACACACAUGCUUGCAGACAACUAACUGCUAUUCAAUCGAUUACAGUCAAAUUUUUUUAUUUUUUUUAAAUGUACACUACUGUUACACCAGAUAUGAGUUGCACUGGUGUGACACUGUGUCCUGGCAGGCCCUGAAAUGCACACGCGUGAAGGAAACUGACUUCUAUUAUAUUACAGUCCAAAAAGUUUUGUUUUUUUAAAAUGCAAGCUAUUGUGACACCAGUGAGUGAGUGGUGGCACUGGGCAGGCCCUGAAACGCACACUCGUGAAGGAAACUGACUGCUAUUAUAUUACAGUCAAAAAAGUUUAGUUUUUUUUAAAUGCAAGCUAUUGUGACACCAGUGAGUGAGUGGUGGCACUGUGCAGGCCCUGAAAUGCACACUCGUGUAGGAAACUGACUGCUAUUAUAUUACAGUCAAAAAAGUUUUUGUUUUUAUUAAAUGCAAGCUAUUGUGACACCAGUGAGUGAGUGGUGGCACUGGGCAGGCCCUGAAACGCACACUCGUGAAGGAAACUGACUGCUAUUAUAUUACAGUCAAAAAAGUUUUUUGUUUUUUUUUAAUGCAAGCUAUUGGGACACCCGUGAGUGAGUGGUGGUACUGGGCAUGUCCUGAAAUGCACACUCGUGAAGGAAACUGACUGCUAUUAUAUUACAGUCCAAAAAGUUUUGGGUUUUUUAAAUGCAAGCUAUUGGGACAGCAGUGAGUGAGUGUUGGCACUAUGCAGGCCCUGAAACGCACACUCAUGAAGGAAACUGACUGCUAUUAUAUUACAGUCAAAAAAGUUUUGUUUUUUUUAAAUGCAAGCUAUUGGGACACCAGUGAGUGAGUGGUGGCACUGGGCAGGCCCUGAAACGCACACUCGUGAAGGAAACUGACUGCUAUUAUAUUACAGUCAAACAAGUUUUGUUUUUUUUAAAUGCAAGCUAUUGUGACACCAGUGAGUGAGUGGUGGCACUGGGCAGGCCCUGAAACGCACACUAGUGAAGGAAACUGACUGCUAUUAUAUUACAGUCAAAAAAAGUUUUGUUUUUUUUAAAUGCAAGCUAGUGUGACACCAGUGAGUGGUGGCAGCACUGGGCAAGUGGGCACAGUAUAUGCUGUGAGCCUGACACACAGGCUGGCAGGCAGGCAACUGCAAUUACAUUACACAGAAAAAAAGCAGACUGAUGUUCUAGCCCUAAAAAGGGCUUUUUGGGGUGCUGUCCUUACAGCAGAGAUCAGAUGAGUCCUUCAGGACUGUAGUGGACACUGAAUACACUAGCCUAGCUAUCAAUUUCCCUAUCAUAUCAGCAGCAGCUACACUGUCCCUCCUCUCACUAAGAAUAAAGCUUCACAAUGAAUGUAAAAUGGAUGCUGUCCAGGAGGUGGGAGGGUGUAGGAGGGAGGGUCUGCUGCUGAUUGGCUGGAAUGUGUCUGCUGACUGUACAGGGUCAAAGUUUACUCAAUGAUGAUGAAUAGGGGGCGGACCGAACAGCGCAUAUGUUCGCCAUCCGUGGUGAACGCAAACAAGCGCUGUUCGCCGGGAACUAUGCGCCUGCGAACCGUUCGGGACAUCACUAUUCGCAACCUAUUUUUUUAAACAGAGUCCUUAUGUUGUUAAUGGGUUACCGUGUAAGCUCAGUAGAGGAGCGCUUUUCACCUGAUCUAUCAGAGUUAGUUGAUACUGGUCAAGUAAUUGAGCUGGGCACCACUUGUUACCUGUAGGGAAUAGUUGUAUGUUGAUAGGUGGUCCCAUUUGAUUUGUUUUAGACUUUCGUAAUGUUAAAGUAUAGUGGUCUCCUAUUUUGUUUGGGUCAGCAAUUUUUAGCAUGUUGGAAGUGUCUUUUGCUUUCUCUACUGUGAGCUCAUUGGGUUGUAGAAAACCAUAAAAGGCCAGAAGUAUAGCAAUUUUAAUUGUAAUGUUCAUUUCUGUUUCGAAAGGUUUUGUAUACAAAGAUAUCGGAUAAUGCUCUGAAUUUUUUUACCAUCUAUUGGUUGUCGUUUUAUAGGUUUCAAACCCUGUUUGAAAGAGCGCUCAUUCUCUGAUUGGUCGCCUACACCCUGCAGCGACCAAUCAGUGACCAGUGUUCAUGCCGACCAAUCAGGAGAAUGGCGCAAACCCAGUUUGAAUGGCGGCCACCCAGGUGAAGCACACGCCAGUUGUUUCCCUUGUGGUUUGUGGUUUUCACACCUCAUUAUGAGGUGUGAACGUUCUAGAUAGACAUUCUAAAUGAGGUGUCAGGGUGUUUUACCUGCUCCCCAUUCGGAAGAGCUCAUACGAACGGCUGCUGUUCCACUUUAGACAGGGAGCAGGUAAAAACACACGAAUAAAACACAGUUAAAUGUAGAUACAUGGGGAAACACAGAGUACAAGGGAAAAUCGUGAGAGUAAACAUUGGGAACACAAAAUACAAGGCCAAAACAUAUGAAUAUUCCGUGGGCAUGGCACUUAGUGGCGGUGCCUCGCCUCAGAGGACCUAUUCUUAUUGAUUAUUUUGCAGGUCGCUAUAUUGUCUGUAUAGCAUUUUACUGAUUUAUCCCUCCAAAGGUGGACCCAUACUCAAGUCUCUACCACUCUCUGCCACUAUGGGACAUAGUUCAGGUUCUGAACCACCUGUCUCCAAAGAUGGCUGCAAAUCCUGAGUGGGCUGCAGCGUCUGUCAAUAACACCGGGGAGUCAUCUGACAAAGGCAGGAUGAACAUGUUUUUCACCCUUCCAGUCUUACAAGAAUUGAUGCUACAUGGUCAAAUCUACCAUAGCCUGUAUGGCCAGUAUGACUAUGCUGUCGUCGUUUGGUAGGUUUGGUAAAAGACUAAGUAGAUGUGAAAUAAAAGCGCGACCAUGCUGGAUAAUUUUCAAAUAACCCAGGAGAGAUUGGAGGUCUUUCCAAGAACUGGUUCCUCUGAUGAGGAAUAAUUCGAUCUCUGCCUUGAUUCUCUGAACCUUGUCAUUGGGGAGACUAGCUUGCAUCAUGGUUGAGUCUAAGCAUAUACCUAAAAACGUCAGUUUGGUGGUGGGACCUACGGUUUUGUCAGUAGCUACCGGCACUCCUAGAGUGGUAAAUAGUGCUACUGUUUUGAUUAUACUUUGAAGAGUGCUUUUGGGGUUUUCUACUGUCAGAAAGUUGUCCAAGUAAUGAAUUAUGACUGGACAACAACUGAUGUUUAGCAGAAGCCAGCACAGAGUUUCUGUAAACAGAUCAAAUAACUUGGGGCUACUUUUGGCCCUGAAAGUUAAGCAGUUAGCAAAAUAAUAAAGACCUUUCCAUCUUAUUCCAUGCAAAUGCCACAGAAAUGGAUGUGUCGGAAGCAGCUUGAAGGCUUCCCCAGCCUUCAAGAUUGCCUAUAUGGCAUUGUCUACCAUGGCAUACUGCAAUGAAAAUUCCUCAGACGGUAUCAGUGAGUUUAGACUUGGAACAUUAAUGGAAUGCGGAGGUCAAUUAUCAAGCGUUUUUUAUUGUUAUAUUUUCCAGUAGCAAUGCCCAAGGGGUUGGUUCACCAACAUGUAAAAGGUGGUUGUUGAAAUGGACCAGGCAUUAAACCAUUUUUUGACAAUAAAUGAUUAUCUGCUGUUGUUGGGUCUAUUGUGGCUGAUUGCAGAUUGUUGCAUUCGAAUGUACCUGCUGGCAGUGCAAUUAACCCCAUGUGAAACCCCUCCUUGAAACCUGUGAGUAGAAAUUAAACUAGAUCCUGUGAAGGGUUAGAGUUAAGGUAAAUUGCUAACGUGUCAACCUGUACUUCAGUUAGUCAUUUCCUAGGAAAAAGGCGGUUUGGGCACAAAGUCUUGGUGCGAGGCCGGAAACAGGUGGAUCAGACAUGCAACAACCUGCAGGCGUUGAAACUGCAGCCACUUGCGUUAAAGAUCUGUGCCUUGCCCAAAAACGCUGUAGGUCUCCCAAUCUUAUCUUUUAGUCACUUCUGUUAGUUGUUACUGGUACUGGGGUGGCAUAGCUGGUAGUUGGUAAACUGGGCUCGCUGGAGCACAAAUUCGUAGAGUGGAAGUUUGAAGUGCAAAUUGCACAAGCUGGUGGUACUAGCCUGGCAAAGUAGGGACAAAACAACCCAGUGUCCAUGUGACUCCAGUCUAUUCUGAUAUGGAAUUGCACAAAGGUUGUCGCUGACUUGCCUGGAACUAUAUGUGGGAGUCGUAAAAAGUAAAACCACCAUACUUGUGUCCCAGAUCUACCAAUUUGUGCAUGUACAAGUCCAGUUCCUCUCUGUGUAGGGAACAUUUCAACAUAUCCUGUCUCUAAACAAACCGAAUGCUAGUAUGAACUCUGGUAUAGACAACUUGUUAAUUAAUCUUUUGCUUUGAGUACCACUGGUAGGUCACCAUAUUUGUAUGUUUUGUUUUCCACUAUGUCUUGUGACGCUAUCAAUAAUGACAUGAGAUUUACAUCUUUGCCCUCCAAUAUUUCUUUUUUGAUGCUGGGUGGGACUAUGUGUGCUGGUGUGAUAAUAUGUGUAGUGGGAACCUGUGAAGUCUGUGUACCUGUGACAUUACCCUGAUAGAUAAUUUGGGCAAUGCUUUGUGUAUUAUUAUUUUAUUAUUAUUUUAUUAUUUAUAUAUCGCCAGCAAAACUCUGCAGCGCUGUACAAUGGGUGGACUAACAGACACGUAAUUGUAACCAGACAAAUGGACGCACAGGAACAGAGGGGUUGAGGGUCCUGCUCAAUGAGCUUACAUACUAGAGGGAGUGGGGUGUAGUGACACAAAGGGUAUAAGUAGGGGUAAUGAAAUAGGUUGCUAGAAAAGUAUUCACUGGGAACUUAGUAGGUUAUUUUUGAAAGUUGCAGGAGAGGAGUCGUGGGGGGGAGGGGGAAAUUAAAGUUUGCUAAAAGUUUAACUGAUUUGCUUUCCUGGUGAAGUGUGUUUUCAAAGAUUUUUUGAAGGAGUGGAGACUGGGUGAAAGUCUAAUGGAGAAGGAUUCCACAGAAAAGGUGCAGCCCUGGAGAAGUCUUGAAGGCGAACAUCAGAUGUGGGAGUAUGGACAGAGGAUAGACAUAGGUCUUCGGCAGAGCGCAAGGGCCUCGACGGGACAUACUUGUGUAUUAGGGAGGAUAGGUAGGUUGGAGCAGCAUUAUGUAGGGACUUGAAAGCAAACACCAGAAUCUUAAAUUGAACUAGAAGCCAAUGUAGGGACUGACAAAGGGUGUCCGCAUGGGAGGUGCGGGCGAACAAGAAAAUGAGCCUUGCCGUUGUGCUCAUAAUAGAUUGCAGCGGUGAAAUCUGGGAACAGGUAAGACCAAGGGGAUUGCAGUAGUCAAGAUGAGAAAGAAUAGCGGCAUGGACCAGUACCUUUGCCACAUCUGGUGUUAAAUAGGGGCGGAUGCGAGCUAUGUUUUUGAGAUGGAAGUGGCAGGAUUUGGCGAUCGACUGGACAUGAGGGGUGAAAGUGAUAUUGGAGUCAAAGAGAACACAUAGGCAGCGAGCCUGCAAGGUAGAGGUAGUGGUGGCGCCAUUGACUUGGAGAGAGACAGACAUGGGAGUAGCAACACUUGAGGGACGAAAAACCAGAAGUUCUGUUUUGGACAGGUUGAGUUUAAGGAAGUGAGCAACCAUCAAAUUGGAAAUCACGGUGAGGCAGUCAGACAUACGAGUCAAAAUUGGCGAGAGAGAUCAUAAGAGGACAGGUAGAUUUGCAUGUCAUUUGCAUAUAAAUGAUAUUGGAAGCCAAAGGAGCUGAUGAGUUUACCAAGGGAAGCAGUAUAGAUGGUGAACAGUAGGGGACCAAGGACUGAACCUUCGGGAACACCAACAGAGAUGGGUUGGGGAGAAGAGGCAGAGCCAGAGAAAGAAACAUUGAAAAAGCACUGGGAGAGGUAGGAGGAGCACCAUGCGAGAGCAGUAUCUCAUAGACCGAGAUUAUAGAGAAUGAGAAGAAGCUGUUGAUGAUCAACAGUAUCAAAGGCAGCAGAAAGAUCAAGGAGAAUUAGGAUAGAGUAAUGGCCGUGAGAUUUAGAAGCGAUUAAAUCGUUGGCUACUUUGGUCACAGCUGUUUCAACAGAUUGACAAGCGCAGACUCCAGACUGAAGGAGGUCAAGCAGAGAGUUGGAUUCAAGGAAGUCUGUCAAUUUUGCAUACACAACUCUCUCAAAGAUCUUGGAGGCAAACGGCAGUAGCGAUAUAGGGAGGUAGUUGGAUGGGGAGUUGGGGUUGAGGUUGGGCUUUUUCAGAAUUGUGUUAUGGUUGCAUGCUUGAAGGGUGAAGGAAAUGUGCCUGAGGAAAGGGAGAGAUUGAAAAUUUUAGUGUGAGGAAGAGCAAGAGAGCAAGACAGGGUGCAGAUGAGAUAUGAGGAAAUAGGAUCGAGGGAACAGGUGGUGGGGCGGGAGGACCGGAACAGAGCGGAAACCUCUUCUGUUGUCAUGGCAAUAUAUACAUUUAAAAUAAGAAAAUAAAACAAUAAUCUCUAAAUAUAAAAAAACACACAACAGCAGAAAUAACCGGGUAUGUAAAAUAUAAUGUAAUGCUGGUCCGGCAGAAGGCAGGUCUCUGUGUUGCUUGCAAGUCCUGGAUACAUUUUAAAUCAGGUGUAGGACGGAUAGCUAGGGGAAACCACAGUAGCUGGCACUGGAGAUUCCAACGUCUCCAUUCUUUGGUUUAAGCUAUUAAUGGAUGACAGAAUGGAAGAAUGGAAUCGUUUUUUUGUGAUUUGCGUCAACUGGCAUCUCUUUAAAUGCCGGGUGGCAAAGAACUUAGCUACUAGUGAGAUGGUGAGGCCCUGCUAAUUGCCAAGUGGCAGAUAGAGGUGCUGUCUAUGAUUUGGCCCUGUGCUGUGCCAUUAAAACGUAAGCAGGGUGUAGGCCUCUGGGGAGCUUGAUAAAACAGUGAAAGGAUAAGGAUGGUGAAGCCCUUUAUAAUCCUCUUAGCAGAGUGUUGUGAGACUAUAGCUAUGAUUUGGACCGAUGGGUGAAAAUAUCUCCAUGUGAGGAUGGGAGUUGGUCUCGCAGAAACUUCAAAAGUACUUUAACCUGUAUAUGGGGUCGCUCCAGUACCCUAACUGCCAGUUAACGAUGCGUGGGGUAAAAGGUAUAAAUGAUAUAGCAAACCUUAUGACUUGAUAUCUGAUUUUUUUUUAGUAUAUAUAACCUUUUGAUAACCAAAACUGUGGUUGGUAACUUAACCAUGAAUGUAUAGCUGAUUAAUAUUAGUUAAGAGUGAUACAUACCUGUGUAUACCGAUUCUCCUCUUAAGGGGUUGUAACUAUGGUUGGGUUACUUCUAAUAGAUUAAGGGUUUGAAAUAAAGCUUACUUUUAACUUUAAAUGAAAUGGUGUGAUUGUAUUAUAUAAUUAGCUAUAUGUACCUGGUAAGUAGUUUGUUUGUACGUAAGAAAUUAUUUGAGCUUUGUGCAAAUGUUUAAUGUUAAUUUGUAAUUGACAUACUUAUAUGUUUGUGCGAUUACGUAUUUUGUUUAGACUCCGGUUAUUGUAUAAACCGAUUACACGUAAUAUGGUCUUUUGCGUUAUAGAGCUAAGUAUGCUUGGAGCUGUAGGUCUAUGUUGGCUUACGUGACUUAAUAUGUAUGUUGUUCUAUUUAAUGGUAUUUCUAGGCUAGUAUGCAUAAUUUAACUUAACUAUUUUAAUUGUGUGUGGCUUAUUCAAGUGACCAUGUUAUGCAGAUGUCAACUAGUAUAAUAUGGAAUGUAACUUACGGGUUUGUAUAUAUGUGGUAAAGAUAGCAUAUUUGGAUAGAUGCUAGCGUACCCGCUUGAAGAGGUACUGAAGACUGAUAAUAUUUCUGACUGGAAUUUACUCGUAUUAUGAUAUGUCAUGACUUUUUACCGGGAUUUUAGGUUUUAAUGCCGAGUAUAUAUUAUAUCUUAACUAUCAAGGUUAUACUUUAACAUUUCCCUCCCACGCCUAGAAACCGCACAAGUUUUAAUGUACCAAGUAUACAAGGAAAAUUAAUGUAAUAGGUUGGUAACCGAAAAAGUAUUGAUCUGAAUUCUGAACAUACAUAAUGACAAUACGAGCAUACUUUGGUAUACAUAAAAUAAUUCCCAACUGAUUGACCAUAUUUAAGUAUUUUUAGCCAACACAGGUACUACUUGACUAGAGCAAAACCACAUUUAAUUAAAGUGUAAUAGAUUUUAAUACGUAAUAAAACAUAUCAGGCCACAACUACAUCUCUUGUUUGCCCCAGUGAAAAUCAUCUAUAUUUAUGACAACAGUAGUGUAACAGUUUAUAAUUUCUAUGUAGUUAGUCAUUUUUGACAGUAGAUGGCAGUGUUGGUGCAUGUCAUUUAUAUAGGGCUUUGUAACACUGAUUUAGCCGAAUGAAGUGCUUGGUUUUAGACUUGCAAGGUGAGAGUAGCCAUAUAGGGUUUCUUCUAUAUGACUUAAUGUGUAUUGGGUGAAUUAAUUUUAUUUGUUUAACUGCGUUCGUGCCUAGUGGUUCGUGAGUUACAUAUUGAUGUCUUAUUGCGUUCAGUAGUUCUAAUGCGUUCGCAUGUGCUCACUGUUACUGGGGGCUUGGAAGCUGACCCAAAAUUCGUGAAGGUUCCCUGGAACCUAGGUGGCGCUGGGAGCGACCGUGUUUGAGCGGUUGAAGCUGGCUUCGGUGAUCCGCGGCGCAAGAGCCGGCUGGAUUUCCUGGACAGCAUCCUGGCUGUAACUGGGUCUGGGAAAGCCACAAGGGAAAUUCUUCUGGCCGGAAGUGACCAAUCAACGUCAACCUGGAAUAUAGGUAUGUUUGGGUUUAUAUAGGCCGGAUCAACCCCUCCCACAACUCCAGGCUCCGCCUUACUAUAUAUAUGUUGGUUGCACUCACGGUCUUCAAUCAAAUGUUUCCUUUAUUCAAACAUAGUUAUUCUAAAAGGGGGGGAGGUGGAAGAGGGAGGGAAAGGAAAAGAGAGAAAAGAGGGGGAGGGAGGUAAACAAAAAAGAAAAGAAAGAAGAAAAAAAAAUGAUGCAACAUGAACAUUUAUGCUAAAAAAAAAAAAAGGCAACAAAGUAAGGGUCACCGAGUAGGGGCUGACAGGGGGUGCAGAGGGACGAGGGAUUUGGGGAACAACGACAGCGAACCCCAGACUAACCAUGGCCCAUCCUAAGUCACACUAAGCUACGGGGUGAAGGGAGACAAUGGCUGCAGCUCCACAAAACAGCCCAUUACCGCACACUUCUCACACACCCUACCAAUGUUAUGCUACUCCUUCUCAGGAAACUUAGCCACACUACGAGAUGGCACUGCCCCGUUGACAAAACCCAGUCCCGAAGCAGGUGUAAGGAAACUGGGGGAGGGGGAGUAAGACUGGGAAGAAGAGGCAAGGAGCCGAGGAAUUGUGGCUACAACCUGUUCUAGGGUGUGAGGCUCCGUUUGGGCAUAUGUGCUACCUUUGGGGGGAAUGGCAUAGUCGGGUCGAAUAAUUUGUCUAGUAUGUGGACUUGAAAGCAUGCUGAUUGGGAUGAGGUUAUCUCUGUAGGUGGUAUGACAUACGUUGCGAUAUUUGUGAGCUAAUUUAAGGAUGAGGUGGCAAAAGGAUAUGUACACCACCAAGGUAUGAUGGAAUACGUGAUGACAAAAUUACAGGCCGAAGUGCCCCAUGUCGGUAGUGUCCAGAGCUCUGUUAUUUGAACCGCAGAUAUUGGCAGAGUGUCACAUGAGCCACCAACGGAACAAGGCCAUAAUAUGACCUAAUGAAGUAUAAUUCUAAUUGUUUUGUGGUACUGUAGGUUGUUUGGUAGCGUAUGGUGUGCUUGGUAUCAUGUCAGCAAGUGGGAUCAAGUCAAAUCAACAGCUACCAUGAAAGGUAGCCUGUAUAAGUAUGUGGACAAUAUGGAGUUGCUGUGUUGCAAGCCAGUGAACUACGAAAAUAACUGUGUAAAUGAGUAGGGAGAACUUCACAACCUGCUGUGUUGUCUGGGUAGCAUUUGACAGAUACUCACUCCAUAAAAACCCCUGGCAAACAGUGGCUGUGUGGACAUACUACAGUAUAUUAAAAGUAUAGUAUAUUAAAAAAAAAAAAAGAAAAUUAAAAAGCAAGUGGGGCUACAAGUCACAGAACCAAUGAUUUAAAAUGGCAGUAGAUCCUGUGUGACAGCUGUAUCUGCAAUAUAAAAGGGGAAUUAACAGACUGUGGGAAUGGACGUGGCAUCCUGUUCCUAUGAGAAAUAAACAUUUUUUGACCACCUAAAACAGGCGUGACAAGCAUGGCAGGGUUAAUGUAGGCGGAUGACCAGGGAGUUGGCGAAGUAGUCCGAUAAUGUAGUUGCGACCUCCCAGUAUGGUGUGCAUGACAAGGUUCAGAGAACCAAGGAGACUGAAGAUACCUAUUAUAACAGGCAUUCCCAGAGAUUGUCUUCAUGGUGCCUGGUACACCAGACCCUGCCUAUGGUUAGGCAGUACUUUGUCCCAUUGAGUCCAGUUAAUUACACAGCAAAUUAGACUGCUGGAGGAGGCUACGGAAAACUUGGGAUAUUUGAACCCCUAGGGAAAAAAGUUGGGCCAUGUGUACUUGCAUGCUUCGGGGCAUAGAAAAUGGUACUUUUAAACUAAGUAUAAUUACACAGCAAAUUAGACUGCUGGAGGAGGCUACGGAAAACUUGGGAUAUUUGAACCCCUAGGGAAAAAAGUUGGGCCAUGUGUACUUGCAUGCUUCGGGGCAUAGAAAAUGGUACUUUUAAACUAAGUAUAACUAGACUAGUGAAAGGGAAGGGUGAGUAAUAGAAGUAAAGGCCAGUUGUCGAAGUUAACUUCUAAAAUGGUCAUGGUCUGUGAAAAGGAGGAUAGAGCUCAUGGUUUGGUGUAGCAGAGAAACAGGGAGCAGAUGUGGUGUAAUCCAUAAGCAAUACCAUUAUAUAUUGUGAGAGCUGUAUCCCUAUCUCUGGAACAUAAUAGGUCUUGUAACAGAGAUCCAUUUGUCCCUAAAGACGUUAGAAUGUAUGAGAUAGCGUAUUUAUAUAGACCAAGAGUAUGCUCUAUGGUCCCUAGUUCAAACUACUGGCUAGACUCUGGGAGAUAUGUCUUCUUCAGCUUAACAUGAAUCGUAUAAAGGGGGUGAACAGAUGUCAGAUUACGCGUGGUGGAUUCACAAAAUGUUGCUAAAGUUAUCUGAGAAGUAAAUUUCAGGGUUGGUAAUCAUGGCAGCUGAAUAGUAAUAGAUAUUAUUAUCAUAGGCGUGCGCACGGGGUGUGCCGGGUGUGCCUGGGCACACCCUAAUCCCCGCGGCACACCUAUGUAUAUUGAGACCAGCAGGGGAGAUCUCAGGAUCUCCCCUGUCGGCUCAUGCAGAGCCGGCGCUAUCCGAGCGCCGGCUCUGCUCUCAGCCUCCCUCCCCACUGACCCACAUGCAGGGAGGGAGGCAGGAGAGGACCCGGCGGAGCUAUUGCCGGCAGCUCCGCCGGGUUCCUCUCGCGAGAUAUGGGGGCUAGAGUUCACUCUCCACUGGACCACCAGGGAUCACAGCAGCAAGGAUCCCCUCCUCCACUGGACCACCAGGGAAGGAAGCAGCAGCACGAUCCCCCCUCCCUACAAAAGGUAAGAAGGGAGGGGGGAUAGCAAAUAAUGUACCCCCACCUCCACCCCCACAAUCAGCCACCAACACACAUACAGCACCCACAGACAUACACAGUACCCACACACAUACAGCACCCACACACAUACAGCACCCACAGACACACACAGCACCCACAGACAUACAGCACCCACACACAUACAGCACCCACACACAUACAGCACCCACAGACAUACACAGCACCCACACACACAGUACAUUAACAGCACCCUCACAAGCGCACACACAAACAGCACCCUCACACACAGUACAUUAACAGCAUCCUCACAAGCACGCACACACAAACACCCUCACCCACAUAGCACACUACCAGCAUCGUCACACACACAUCACACUAACAGCACCCUCACACAGCACACACACAGCAGUGUGUUUAUGUGUGUAUAUAUAUAUAUAUAUAUAUAUACAUAUACAUAUAUAUAUAUAUAUAUAUAUAUACAUACAUACAUACAUACAUACAUACAUACAUACAUACAUACAUACAUACAUAUAUGCGGCGUGUGCUUGUGCUUUAGGGUGCACACCCUAAUGCAAUAGGCUGCGCACGCCUAUGAUUAUUAUCACCCAAUUAACGCUACUAAUUUUAUUGACCUGAGAGGGAUGAAGAGCCUUUGCAGAAUUUGAACCUGUGAACUUGCAUUUUUGAAGAGACUUUGUAGUCAAGGAAUUUACCAACUGAGUUACCUCACCAGCUAGCAAUAUUUAACCCUGUAACUUUGCAAAAGCACCAAAAAACCUGUACUUGCAAAUUAAAUUAUUGUGCAGAAGUGGUACACAUAUAUACAGUUGAUGGACUUUUUCAAGGCAACCACAUUGAAACAUAAAACAGAAUAUAUAGGCAGUAAAUGGAAGUGAUUCACCACAAAGUAUAAUCAAUUAGCAUAAUUGAUUAUAUGCUAUAUGAAAUACUCAUACGUUUGCAAUACCUGAAAUUAUGGUGGAUUCACAAAAUGUUGCUAAAGUUAUCUGAGAAUAGGGUCAGUUUACCCAUACAAAUAAAUGUAUCCAUAAAACCAGUGAUAAAUGAGAGCCACCAGUGAUUCCCUAAGUGAAAAUAUGCAUGUGACGAAGUACCCUUCGCCACUUGGUCCUGGAGAGGCUUGCUUGCCAGCCUCCUGCCAUGUGACUAUGGUCCCUGGGCUGUAUUGCCCUUUAAGGAACUGAUUUGGGCAUAAUGGAUUUUUAUAAUGCUCUUUCUGGCCCUUUAAUUACUUUGGAGCAGUGUUGCAACUUUAAAUUGGCACUUCGGAUACAGCCGAAGUGCCGAAGUAGUCGAAGUGGCCGCCAUCUGACAAACGAACACGUGGCCAUUUUAACUCAUUCAAACGCGGUCAGCGGUGUGUGCAACCAAAUCUAUGGAACUGUUUUCGGCUACCCAAUUGCACGAACACCGCUGACCUGUACCUUCUUCUCCACUUCGACACUGCAGCUGGAGGCUAAAUCCCAUUCGAAGACCGACCGCACAGCCCAAAUCCAUGGAACUGUUUUGGGCAUGAAUAUGUGCUUGCGGUCUGUCAUUAAGGACGUCCGACUAAUUUUUGAACUACUGGACAGAUUUUUAUGAUUUUUGAGUAUGUUUAUAUUUAAAGGACGCUGAUUAUUAAUAUUGCAUGUAUACUUUUAACCCGUUAAGGACACAUGACAUGUGUGACAUGUCAUGAUUCCCUUUUAUUCCAGAAGUUUGGUCCUUAAGGGGUUAAAGUUAUAAGAAUUGUGUAAAAACGGUAUAUUUUCUGCCUGUGAUGAUUAAGUUAGUCUAUUGUGUUGAGAUAAUUGUAUCACAGACAGAGGGGAGGAUUUCUGCUGGGAUGAAUGAGGGUGGUUUACUUUAUUGUAUGUGUUGUAAUGUUUUUAUUGGUUGUUCUGCAAAACCCUGUGGGCGGUCCUGUAUGUGUAAGACUCCCUUUGGUUCUAAUUAAACACAGAUCUUCUUGACCCUUAACACAUAGUCUUGCCUCGUGAUUGGAGGGGACAGCUAUACUCACACUGGGGAUUGCUAUGCUCUGCAUACUCCCCUGAGCUUUAAUCACUUAGCUCUUGUAAGAGCUGGUUCCUGAUAUACUCUCCUGGAGGAGAGGUCUUCACCACACGGUCCUGGAGGACAGAGGCUAAUCCAGGGUGGAAGGAAGAUGGCGAGACUCCAGUUAAGCUACGGCGGUUGUGGAGUCUGCGGUAUUUGUGGUGUCCGGUGCAGUGCUUGUGGUCCUCGGCGCAAGCUAGGAAGCGUCCAUCAACGGAAAGGUACUCGGACGGAUACGGGGAGUUCCAUUACAAUGCAUAACGUGAAGUGUAAGAAAGUGUAAAAAGUAAAUCAACAAAAGUAUAUACAGGCUGCAAAGUCAUGGAAAACAAUACAUAAUUAAAGCAAGCAAGCAAAUAAAUAAUUAAAUGAAUGAAUAAACAAACAUGGUUUAUUGCUUUAUUUAUUUGUUUGUUUACAUGACCUAUGGUGGCUAACAUUAAUUGCUUUGUUUAACUGUAGUGUAACAGGUUUUAUGGCGGACUCCCAUAUACCCAUGGGGUCCCUCACCCUAGUUACCUCUUUACAAUCUGCAGGAUGAUCUUGAGUCUCUGCUACCUGGCAGUGCCUCCAUCCAGCAGGGUAUCCAGGGUGUGGAUGCGGAGUCCCACUGGGAACAUAUCUACACAAUUGAUAAAAACUAUACAGAGCUAGCUUACGUAUUACACAGCCAUACACUAUACAAUUAAAUAACAGAGAAAUAACAUUUAAGACUGGGUAUUUCUCAGGUCUCUCACACUGCCAUGGACUUGUCACCAAAUGUCUGCUCUACGCUUAUUUAUUUAUAAAAUAUUUCAACAGGAAGGAUACAUUGAGAUUUCUCUCGGUUUCAAGUAUGUCCUGGAUCCACAAAACAUUGCAUUGAUACAAUAGGGUACAAUAAAAUACAAAAACAAUAUUAAUACACAACAUAUACAAAAUUUAACAUAAAACAGGUAGGAAAUAUAUAAUCAACCAUUACAGGUGCAUUCUGUUUUAAGAUAUGUAGGGCUCUCUUAAAGGACUUGGGGAAGAUUUUAAAGUGUGCAGGAGGUCGUUCCAUUAUUGUGGUUGUAGCGGAUGGCACUGGGCUGUCCUGCAAAUGUCUUGUGAAUAACUGCAUUCGUGUGAUCUGCUAGUUUUAUAUGUGUUUAAAAGAAUUGUAUUCCUCUGAUUGUUCGGUAGAAUCAUUCGAAUAAACUAAGGGAAUGAAACUACCGAACAAUCAGACCUCCCCUGUGUUAAGUGUGUCCUCAAUUACCCGUUGCAACAUUGUUGCGAAUGGGUAAUUGACAAGUUAAGUAGCCAUCCUUUGUUCUCGGGGGUGGCCGCCAUUCGACAAACGAACACGUGGCGGCGGCCAUUUUAAAACUCCUGAACAGCGGUGUUUUGCCGUCGAGUGUCUCGAACUCAAAUCGGACACUCGACUAGGCGAACACCGCUGAAACCUCCACAAGCCCGGUCCGUUCGGUUACAAACUACCGAACGGCCCCUCGUUCGGUAGAUAGAAAGAACCGAACGAGGGGAUUCAGGCGAACCCUCCCUAGCCUCUAUAGCUAGAGGCUUUCAUGCAGUUUGUUCCCUUAUUCCAGGACCGACCACAGGGCCCAUUCGCAUGGAACCGCAUUCGGCUAUUUCAGUCAGUGCGGUCGGUCAUUUUAUUCCCUCCAUAGAUUUCCCGAACCCCUGGUCUGAUCUGGGUGAUUUUUGGAUAUGUUGUUCACCCAGAUCAGGGCUAUCAGGGGAUGUAGGAUUUAAAGGGGUACCCCUAUGUUUAGGGGUACAUCCAGAAACAGGGGGGAAUUGCUAGCCUGGAUAAGGGGAUUGUGAUGCUGGCUGAGGGGAGGAGAUGUGUGGGAGGUUACCAGGACAGGAUUGGCUACUUUACUAAUGAUUGUAAAUCCCUCCCUUGCAUGGGAGCAUGCUUUAAAAGGACACUGUGGAUUAAAAGAUUUCAGUUCUGCUCCUGAAACUGUGUGUCAUCCAGUUAUUGGGAUUGCUGUGGGAUAUUGCUGUUAUUUUACCUGCUGGAAACCUUGCCUGUGGAUUUACUAUUUACUUGUUCCUGAGCCUCACUUGGAUUAUAAGUGGAGAUAACCUGGGGAAUAUUGCAUCUCCGCUACAAUACAGUUCAUAAUAAUUACAAUGUGUAGGAAACAUUACAAAAAUAAAUAUUGAACAAACAUGUAAAAUUGUAUGCUAAAAGAAAAAAGAGAAUGAUUAGAAAUAUGGUAAACCAUAUAAUUAAUAUGGUAAAACAUAUAACUCCCAUAUGAGUAAAUGUCAUGUAAAGUGGUAAUAAGUGCCAUUUAGAGUAUUAGCUGGGACAGUUGGGAAAUUAAAUAAUAAAAAAUAUAUAUUAAAUUAAAAAAAAAUUAUAAUAAAAAAUAAAAAAAUGAAUGAAACAGUACAUCUGGGACUAUGCUCCAAGGUAAGAUGAGGUCUCUAUGAUAAAAAACUCUAAAAUUUCAAAAAUUACACUUUAAUUUAAAAAAAUGACAGAGCUCAAAAUCUUGAGUCCGUAUGGGAUUAAAGGGUUAAAUUCAAAAAUAUAUUUUAUCUCUGCUUGUCCCAGCUUUUUGAUGUAGUCACCACCUCUCCAAUCAUUAUUCACCUUUGGAUGGAGAUGGAUCGGCAUUGUGGUGGUUUCUAAAAUGCAAUGAUACUUGAUGUUGCUCAAACUUGCGUUUAAUGUUAUAUACAUGCUCCGCUAUCCUCGUGCAGAAAGGUGGGGUGGUACGUCCAAUAUAACUGAGACUGCUUGGGCAUGUGAGCAUUUAUAUAACCCCACUAGAAUGACAGGUAAUUCAUUCUUUAAUGUUAUAACAGUUACCAUUAACUUCAUAUUGUGAGAUAUGACGUCUCUUUGAUUUUGUAGUUUGGCAAACUUUGCACCUACCACAUCCAAAAAAAACUAUAUAUUGUUAAAAGAAAUACUACUAUUCUCCUCUUUUCUUUUUAAAAUAGUAUUGUCAGUUAAAACUCUUUUUAAAUUAGGCAUACCCCUAUGUAUAAUUUUUGGUGAUGCUAGUAGAAUCUCUUUAAGAACUGGGUUAUUUACUAACAGGUGCCAAUUUUUUUUUUUAAUUAUAUUUCUUACUUUGCCAUUGUGAUUGCCUGAAAACUGGCAAAGGAAAGGGACUGAGUUGGCUUUGCCCUUAAAGGACCACUAUAGUGCCAGGAAAACAUCCUCGUUUUCCUGGCACUAUAGUGCCCUGAGGGUGCCCCCACCCUCAGGGACCCCCUCCCGCCCGGCUCUGGAAGGGGGAAAGGGGUAAAAACUUACCUUUUUCCAGCGCUGGGCGGAGAGCUCUCCUCCUCCUCUCCGCCUCCGUUACGCCCCGCCGGCUGAAUGCGCACGCGCGGCAAGAGCUGCGCGCGCAUUCAGCCGGUCUCAUAGGAAAGCAUUUGCAAUGCUUUCCUAUGGACGCUUGCGUGCUCUCACUGUGAUUUUCACAGUGAGAAGCACGCAAGCGCCUCUAGUGGCUGUCAAUGAGACAGCCACUAGAGGAUUAGGGGGAAGGCUUAACCCAUUCAUAAUUAUAGCAGUUUCUCUGAAACUGCUAUAAUUAUGAAAAAAUGGGUUAACCCUAGAAGGACCUGGCACCCAGACCACUUCAUUAAGCUGAAGUGGUCUGGGUGCCUAGAGUGGUCAUUUAAGAUCUUUAAUUUUAUAUUCUAAUAGUUCCUCUCUUUUAAUGUGAUACACAGAGUCCAGAGCCUCACGUAGGAAGUUGUUAUUAUAACCUCCUUUCAAAAACUCUUGUCUGAUUUUUUUUUUUUAUCCUUGGCUAAUAAAAACUUCUCAUUCUGUGCAGUUGCGUUUGAGUCUAGUAUACUAACUCUUCGGCACAAUUUCAAGCCAAGGGCUAAAAUGGAAGCUGUUUUUUUUUAUGUAACUAUUUACAUCAACGGUCUUAAAGAAGGUUUUUGUUUUGAUUGUCUCAUCUUGUAUAUAAAUGGAGAGGUCAUAAAAAUCUAUUUCUGUACUGCUGUAUUUGAAAGACAAGGUGAUGCCCCAAUCGUUAGUGCUCAGAUAACUAAUAAAUUGUUGGAGUAGUGAUUCUCCACCUCUCCUGAUAAAUAGCAAGUGAUCAAUGUAUCUCUUACACCAGGUGUGCUGCCCUGCUUCUCCCCUUGCCCAGGCAAACUGAUUCCCAGUGUACCAUGAACAAGUUGGCAAAUCUGGUGCUAAUUGCUGUGCCACAUUUUUGCAAAUAGAAGCUGUCAUAGAAUCAGAAAUAGUUGUUAUUGAGGAUAAGCUGGAUAGCUUCCAAAACAAACUGCCUCUGAAUUUCUGCAUAUUGGGUUUUCUCGAGAAAGGUGUUGACAGCUCGGGUUCCGAGUUCGUGCCUAAUUACAGUGUAUAAUGAGGAAACGUCUGCUGUGACCGAUAAAAAAUAUUUUUGCCAUUUAACUGUAACACAUUAGUCAUGUCUCUCACAUAUUAAGGGCAACUCUUCAACCAACGGCUGAAGGAUAGUCGGCUUGACACAGAGUUGAUUCCCGAUAUUAUUGCCCUGGCUGGAAGAUUGGAAAUGUGUUCAUACAUCUUGGGCAAAAAAUAGAACACAGAGAUCCCAGCGUGUUUUAUGUCCAAGUAUUGCCGUUCCUUUUUAUUUAAAAUAUCCAAAGUGAAACCUUUCUCAAUAAGUGUCAAAAACUUUGUUUAUAUAUUAUUGCUCAGAUCUGAUCACAAUUUUUGGUAGGUGGCAUUGUCAUCUAGAAGCCUAAAAGAUUCUCCAAGGUAGAACUUUGGCUCAUGAUGACAAUACCACCCCCUUUGUCGGGCAGUUUAAUGACUAUGUUGGUAUCUUUUCUUAUCUCCUCUAGAGCCUUACGUUCUUGUACAUUGAGUUUGUGUUGAUAUUUGUUGAGAGGUUUAAUUAAAUUAAUUUCACGGUUAACCAUUUUUUGAAACACAACCAUGUCAUACGACAUGCCAUUUCGGAAAUAAUUUUCAUCUAUCUUUUAGUGUAGUAUGUACAAUAGUGGGAUCUUGUUCAAUCUGAGGAAGGGCAGUUGCCUUUUCCUAAAUAAAAAACUUUUUCAGUCACAGAUUUCUAUAAAAUUUGGAAAAUUUUGGAAAAUCUUUUGAAAGAUUUUAAUUUAUCGAUUCCCCCUAAGGGGGCAAAUUUAAGGCCCUUGUUUAAUAAACUAAUAUGAUUUUUAUCUAGACUUUUAUUGGAUAGAUUGAAAAUCCCUAUCGGUUGAAUUGCCCCUCUCUCCCCCUUAUUCUUUUGGUUUGUGAAGGGGGGGGGGGGAGGGAAUUCCCAGUUUCUCCUUCUCUUGUCUAAAAAAACAUUUCUUUCCUUAUCUCUUUGAGACAAAGGGGAAUAAUUAUUCCUCAAAGGGAUGGUGUCAUUUCUUACAGGAGUAGUGUAAUUGGCCUUAUUAGGUCUAUUUCCAUGGCGUGUCUGGACCUGCCAGUUCCAGGAGUCUGUUGCAUUAUUUUCUCUGUUGGGGGUGGGGGAGUCUCUCCUGUCUUUUUCUAUUUGUGAAAAUAGAAAACUUCCCACUUUCGAUAGAAAUAAUGAAAAUUUCAUGGACAAUCUUUCCCUUCAGACCAUGACUUUUAUCAUUAAACGCAGACAAUUAACCCUUAGAGAGUUUUACAAACAAAUACCUUCGACAAGAAUGUGAAAAACAGAAAUUAAAUGAGUGAUAAAUUGGAUAAAAUAGAAAAUGAGGUUAAACAUAAGCAUUAAACAAAAGAAGUAUAAAAGAGAUAUUUACGACUACACUACCAAAACAACUUAUGUAAAAAAAUACACAAAUUUUAAAGGUACAGGGAGAAACAAGACAUUUUAACUGCAAUUUUAACAGGAAUUUUAAACAAAGGGAAAGACAAUAUGAUAAAAAGAAACAGACAGGAAAGACCCCCCAACAACAGAGAAAAUGGUGCAACAGACUCCUGGAACUACAAAACAAAAGAUACACAGUGGCUAUAGUGCUUGGUGCUCAAAACAUUUAAUCCACACCUCAAAUAGAAUACAAAACACUAAAACAAUUGGGAGUGGAGCACAAUAAGUAAAAAAAAAAAAAAUCAGACAUACAUAUCUAUCUACGUAUAAUGGGUUGAUUCUAUAAAAACACAAAAGAAAACUAAUAGUGUAAAUAUGUAUAACAAAUACAGGGUGUGCAGAAUUAUUAGGCAAAUGAGUAUUUUGACCACAUCAUCCUCUUUAUGCAUGUUGUCUUACUCCAAGCUGUAUAGGCUCGAAAGCCUACUACCAAUUAAGCAUAUUAGGUGAUGUGCAUCUCUGUAAUGAGAAGGGGUGUGGUCUAAUGACAUCAACACCCUAUAUCAGGUGUGCAUAAUUAUUAGGCAACUUCCUUUCCUUUGGCAAAAUGGGUCAAAAGAAGGACUUGACAGGCUCAGAAAAGUCAAAAAUAGUGAGAUAUCUUGCAGAGGGAUGCAGCACUCUUAAAAUUGCAAAGCUUCUGAAGCGUGAUCAUCGAACAAUCAAGCGUUUCAUUCAAAAUAGUCAACAGGGUCGCAAGAAGCGUGUGGAAAAACCAAGGCGCAAAAUAACUGCCCAUGAACUGAGAAAAGUCAAGCGUGCAGCUGCCACGAUGCCACUUGCCACCAGUUUGGCCAUAUUUCAGAGCUGCAACAUCACUGAGUGCCCAAAAGCACAAGGUGUGCAAUACUCAGAGACAUGGCCAAGGUAAGAAAGGCUGAAAGACGACCACCACUGAACAAGACACACAAGCUGAAACGUCAAGACUGGGCCAAGAAAUAUCUCAAGACUGAUUUUUCUAAGGUUUUAUGGACUGAUGAAAUGAGAGUGAGUCUUGAUGGGCCAGAUGGAUGGGCCCGUGGCUGGAUUGGUAAAGGGCAGAGAGCUCCAGUCCGACUCAGACGCCAGCAAGGUGGAGGUGGAGUACUGGUUUGGGCUGGUAUCAUCAAAGAUGAGCUUGUGGGGCCUUUUCGGGUUGAGGAUGGAGUCAAGCUCAACUCCCAGUCCUACUGCCAGUUCCUGGAAGACACCUUCUUCAAGCAGUGGUACAGGAAGAAGUCUGCAUCCUUCAAGAAAAACCAGAUUUUCAUGCAGGACAAUGCUCCAUCACACGCGUCCAAGUACUCCACAGCGUGGCUGGCAAGAAAGGGUAUAAAAGAAGAAAAUCUAAUGACAUGGCCUCCUUGUUCACCUGAUCUGAACCCCAUUGAGAACCUGUGGUCCAUCAUCAAAUGUGAGAUUUACAAGGAGGGAAAACAGUACACCUCUCUGAACAGUGUCUGGGAGGCUGUGGUUGCUGCUGCACGCAAUGUUGAUGGUGAACAGAUCAAAACACUGACAGAAUCCAUGGAUGGCAGGCUUUUGAGUGUCCUUGCAAAGAAAGGUGGCUAUAUUGGUCACUGAUUUGUUUUUGUUUUGUUUUUGAAUGUCAGAAAUGUAUAUUUGUGAAUGUUGAGAUGUUUUAUUGGUUUCACUGGUAAUAAUAAAUAAUUGAAAUGGGUAUAUAUUUGUUUUUUGUUAAGUUGCCUAAUAAUUAUGCACAGUAAUAGUCACCUGCACACACAGAUAUCCCCCUAACAUAGCUAAAACUAAAAACAAACUAAAAACUACUUCCAAAAAUAUUCAGCUUUGAUAUUAAUGAGUUUUUUGGGUUCAUUGAGAACAUGGUUGUUGUUCAAUAAUAAAAUUAAUCCUCAAAAAUACAACUUGCCUAAUAAUUCUGCACUCCCUGUAAGUAUAAAAGAAGAUAACUGGAAUCAAUCACAAACAUGGAGCCAAAAUGUGAAACUUGGCUCUGGUGGUAUGCACCUGUGCAUCUUUUGAGGGAGAUCCAACGCCCUCUGUGAGUAAAUUAAAUUCUCAUGUGAUGGUGCUACACUUCGUAGGUAAAAUAUGGUAUUUAUUAAGAAAUAAAAAUAAAAACCCAAUUGGGUAUAAAGAUAAGCAGCAAACAGUGAAAUCUAUAAAGUCCAAUAUGCGUUUUGCCAAAUUCGGCUGCUUUGGAUGGAUGAGAGUUUUAGGAGUAGUUCAUUUUUAGAUUCUUUAAAUAGGGGGUAACUUCAUAAUUCCUGGGCUUUUCGUGUGUUGGAACGUGUGACAAAGUGCCCUUCGCCACUUGGUCCUGGAGAGGCCUGCUUGACUAUGACUCUCAGAUGUAUUUGGAUUUAAAGCACCUAUUCUACCUUCAGACAGACUAUUUAUGUAGGUUGCUUUAUUUCUCUUAUUUUUUAGUUACCCUGUACCCAUUAUAGGUGCAGGGUGCGUGUAAUGUAAUUGUUUAUAGUGUGUGUGUGUACUGUGUAAUGUAUUGCCUGCUCUCCUGUACUGCUGAGGUUUGCUACCAAUUAGGUGGGUUUGGCUAUGGAGCUUGUCUAGUGCCCUCUGUUGGUAGCAACAGCAAUAUGCACUACCUGAAUAGCAAGACUGGUUCAUUUGCAUAUUCGGGUAGAUUUGCAUAUUGCUAAUUCUGCAGACACGUGAGAUAUUUUCUGUUAAAUAUUGUCUCCCCCACCCCUUUAAAAAUGUGCCAUUGUGUUGUGAUAAGUCACUGUGUGUUGCCUGCUAUGGUUUGACUGUUUGUGAUUUUAUUGAGUUUUCACAGCAAUGUUAAUGUUGUGACCCUAUGGGCUGGUCCCAAUGGAAAUAAAGGUUUAGACAGUUCUUCUUGAUCCCUCUAAACGUAGCCUUGUCUCGUUAUUGGAGGGAGCUGUUAUAAUCACACUGGGGAUUGCUAUGUUCUACAUGCUCCCUGAGCUUGAAUCACUUAGCUCUUUUAAGAGCUUGUUCCUGACACGUUCUCCUUGGAGGAGACGUCUUCCCCACACAGUCCUGGAUGCUGGAGGUUCAUACAGGGUGGAAGGAAGAGGUCUUUCCCACACGGUCCUGGAGGACAGAAGCUGAUCCAGGGUGGAAGGAAGACGGCGAGACUCCAAUCAAGCUACAGCGGUUGCGGAGUCUGCGGUGUUUGUGGUGUCUGCUGCAGUGCUUGGAGUCCUCAGGAAGCGCUAGGAGCAUCCGUCAACAGAGGGUACUCGGUCGGAGUACAAGGAGCUCCGUUACAGAAUGCAACUUGUGUUCCAGAAGGUUAUUAGUAUUUCCGCCAGUUUCUUACUAUCUGUUUCCGCCAUUUUGUGAUGACGUCUUCGUUUUGGUGGCUAAUGACGUAUAUCCGGAUUUCAGGAAAGGAAUGCUUUGUGUGUUACAUUCUUUGAGAAAGUCAGUCUGAGUUGUAUGAGUCCCAAUAUAAUCAUAAGUUGAAAUUGGAUAGUAAAGGACCAAGUGGACAUAAUGUUGUUAGGGGUGUUAUCAUGAAGCAGAAGUCCAUAUUAUAUAAAACAAACAAUGGAACAAAAUAUUAAAAACAGUAAUCAAUACAUCAUUAUUGAUGACAAUUAGAUCUAUUUUUAAACAUUAAGUUAAUCACCAAACAUGGUUAAUAAAAUAUACACUGGGCAUAUACUUAGUGGGGAAUAUUGUCGUAUGGAAGGCAGUCUUUACUAUGUUAGAAACAGAAGAUCCCAUUUUUGAAAACUAUCAUAUAUAUAUAUAUAUAAACAGGUAUUCAGUUGUAAAAAAAUAAAUAAUAAAAAAUGCUAUUUUUACCCAUAUGAAGAAGUAAAAUUAUGGUGAUAAAAUGAUUAUUUUAAAUGGGUGGUUAGCUAAAAGAAACAUUAGUAUGAAAAGUAACUUAGAUGUGAGAUUAGACUGUAGGUUAAAUUAUAAAUAAAUAUGAAUAUAAAUACAUGUUAAUUAUUUUAAAAUAUGACAGCUCAAAAUCUUGGUUGAGCCCAUGGGGUAAUAGGGUGUUAAAAUUAAAUAUAAAUUGCAUUUUUGUUUUUAUAUAGGGAAAUUCACAAGAUUAUUUUGUACGCUUUAAGUUAACUUUUGAUACUUUACAGUUGUUGCACUUUUUAAAAAAAGGAAAAGAAAAUGAGUAAAGCUGAAUAAUUUGGGCAGCGAUCGACUCAUGUUUAGUCAGGAGAUAUAGGUACACCCAUUUGCUUAAGUAAUAGGGACAUGGAGAUGCCUUUUAAUAGACCUCUUACUGUUAGACAUAACUUGUCAUCUAUAGUGUUGAGUGGUAAAGUGGUAAUGAGGAGCCUUUGAUUCUGUACAGUAGGUACAAAGAGACAUCCCUUCCAAGUAUAAAAAUAAGGUGUAAUGUGGUUAAGGCUUAUCUGUCUGAUAGAACAUAAGUAUGACUUUACAGGGCACAUGCGAAGUACAAGUUAAAGACUGGGGAAACAAGUUGUGACAUGUGACUGGGUUACAGCAAUGUAUACUGUAAUAAUUAUACCCUGGAGGUACAUAUCCCGAUGCCUGUUAUAAAGUAGAGCAACCCAAUGGUCACUGACAGGCGAUAGUACGUGACCUCAUAUAGCUGUAAGCCCAUGGGUGUAGGAUUUAAUACCUAGCCCAUUAUCAACAUAUAAGAAUGCCAUACAGUGCCCAAUGUGGAGAAAAAUAAAAGGCAAAGUAAAUUAAUAGUAGGAAGCAUUAAAAUAGGUUAAACUGAAGCUACAAUUUGCCACUGAAGUCUCUCAAGGCAGGCCACGCAGCCCCCCAGGCCCAGUUCUCUGUGAGUGCCACGGAUGGCAUACAGACAGUUCCGCUGGAUCUUACAGACUCGUUCCUGUCCUGCCUCUUGUCCGACCUGCAAGCCCUGUGAGAAGUUAGGAGAUUGCGAUUAUGCCAGCCCCGUGCUCCACGUGCGCACACCACCUGUGCCUCCUGUUCCACUGCCAGAAUGGCUGAUAACGGGAUUCCCAGGUAAGGUGUCGGGCUGUGGUUCGAGGGUUGUCUUUAGGGUGCUCUAGGCCCAGUUAGGCAACUGCUGGGAAUGGACUUAGGUUCCAUGUACAAAGGCCGGUCAUCCGAGGCAGCUCUGCUAUUUAGCAGAUUGGAGUAGCACCAAUAGUCCACGGUUAAGAAUUGUGCGGUAUAGUCCAGUAAGCCACAUGACUGCUGAUAAUGCGGUCAGGCCAGCGUAUGCCACGCGGCCGCCAUCUUGUUGUUUGGGUGCUGAGGUCCAUCGGCUGAGUAACUCUGCACGAUUGGCACACUCAGUGUUGGCUUCCUCCAGUGGGGACCGGGAUAACCUACUUGCAUGGAUAAUUGUCAGGCAUGCAAACAGGGCAGCGGCCGUCUGCACCGCUCCUCUCGCAAGUAGGCCACAUUCUCCAAAGCUUUGUACCACCCAGAGGGCCCCAAAAUCUCCUGAUCUUGGAGUCCAUGGUGUCACCAACAGCUGCUUGCACCCUUGGGUACAUUACCCAGCUUAAUUUUUCGCAGUGAGUCUAAGAUUUCUGCUGGAAAAGCCAAGCUCAACAGGAGCCUCCACAGCAUGCGACCAGUCAGCAUGGCUGCCAGGCCCCGCCCCCCAACAAUAUGUAUUUUUUUGCUGUAUGUUUCUCUGCAUGCGAGGCAAGUAACGCAACCGUAAAAACCUGUGCCUUUUUGUAAGUUUUUAGGAUUCGUAGUUCUAAAACUACUUUUUUACUAAUGUGUGUUUUAGAUUUUUACAACCUCUAUAAACUAUUUAUGGUUUGGAGGGUUGUAUACUUUUUAGGAUGGGAUCAUCUUGUAGUAUAGGCCAAUAUUGGUGGAUUAGUUAUUAACUUUUUUGUGUUGGCCAUUAUAGUUGCAGAUGAAGGGCAGAUUAUUAAUGUUACUAUUUCUAUUUAUGGGUUUGUAUGAUAAUAAUUGUUUUCUUUCAAUAUUCUUAACUUCUUCCAUACUUCUAUUCAAUUGUUGUUUGUCAUAUCAUCUCUCUAUGAAUUGUCCUUUAAUUCUGGAUGCUUAAAUUACGUAGUCUUGUGUACAGUUUCUUCUGACCCUUUAAACAGGCUUUUUGGAGUGUUUGUUAACCAGGGGGUGUGAUAACUCUUCUUUUCAAUAUAACUGUUUGCACCUACAGUUUUGAAAAAAAUAUUUGUGUAGAUAUUUGAGUCUUCAGUAAAAAUAGAGAGAUCUAAAAAGUUAUUUUCUUGAUGACUUUGAGUGGAAGUUAAAAUAAUUCCCCAAUCAUUAUUGUUAAGAUGAGAUACAAAUAUUUCAAGACUAGGUCCCCCCCUCCCCCCUUCCAAAUAAAAAAUAUAUUGUCUAUAUAACGGCAAUAUGACACCAAGUUCGCAAAAAAAGUGCUGUGGUACACACUGUUCUUCCCAAUACGCCAUAAAUAAAUUGGCGUAACUCGGUGCAAACUUGGUGCCAAUUGACGUCCCUCUUGUUUGUAAAAAAUAUUAAUCUUUGAACCAGAAAAAAAUAUUAGUGGGAAUUAGAUAAAUUCCUUCUACAAUAAAAUUAAUUUUCUCAUCUUUAAAAGUGGAUUUAGAUAAAAAGUGUUUGACUGCCUCUAUGCCUUUAUUAUGUGGUAUUAUGCUAUAGAGGAAACUAAAACAUAGUGUUCCUCCCAUUCUAGUUAAUUUAAUUUUUGCAGCAGGUGGAUAGUAUCUUUUAGGUUAGAGGGGUUGCUAACUACUAUCAGCUGAAGCAUGACAUCUAUAUAUUCUGAAAUCCUUGAUGAAAUGCAAUCAAUUCCCAAAAUGAUGGGUCUUUCAGGGGGGUUAGUCUAAUUCUUAUGAAUUUUCAGCAGAAAGUAUAAUUCCUGAAUUUUUGGAUUGGGAAUAUAGAUAUCUUGCCUCUUCUGGCUUUAGGGUUUCCAAUUCUAGGCCUUUAUCUAUGUAUGAUUUGCAUUUUUCUUUUGUCAUUUCUUUUGGGUUAGAUGUUAACUUUUUGUAUGUGUUCUCAUCUUGAAGUCUCUUUGCUUCUGGGACGCGUAUUAUGGAUUUUUAUUUGGGCUUUUUUGGGGCUGAAGAAAGAAAAAAAGGAAGAAGAAAGAAGACAUCAAAUGGUAAGUAUGACAUUUAAUUUUACAGGUUUAGUUUAUUGCCCUCUUCUCACUAUUAUUAAGGUGAGCAGGGUAGGUAGGGUAUUUUUAUUGGUGGGGGGUGACUAGGGGCUUGGGGACAUUAGUGGGGUCAUGGGUGGGGUAAUGGGUGGGGACAUGGGGGGACAUUAGGUCCCCCUUUAAUUUAUUUGGGUCCCCACCCUCUGCUCAAGGGUGGGGACCUGUGGAGAUCAUUAGGUCCCCCCAUUAUUUAUUUUAGGGUCCCCACCCACAGCUCAUGUGUGGGGACCUGGGGGGACAUUAGGUCCCCCCCAUUAUUUAUUUAAUUAGGGUCCCCACCCGAUGCUCAUGGGUGGGAAUCAGGGGGACAUUAGGUUCCCCCAUUAAUUUAUUUCAUUAGGGUCCCCACCCGCUGCUCAUGGGUGGGGACCAGGGAAGUCAUUAAGUUCCCCCUUUAAAUUAUUACAGUCGCCACCCACCGCUCAUGGGUUGGGACCUGGGAGAGACAAUAGGUCCCCCCAUUAUUUAUUUAUUUAGGGUCCCCACCUGCCACUCAUGACACUAGGUCCCCCAUUUAUAUUAAUAGCCCCCACCCACGGGUCACGGGUGGCAGCGCGGGUUGGCACUAUGUCCCCAUUUUAGUUAAGUGUGUUCCCCACCAUGGGGAAAUGGGGGUCCUGGGCCUGGUCCCCCCUUAUUUUACUAGCGACUGGGCAGCAAUAGCUGCCCAGUCACUAAAUAGUUUUAAAUGACAACGAGUAGCCACUGGCUCCUGACUGUUUAGACGACAUGUGAGUAGGGGCAUGCGGCAGGAUUUAACCUCCUUUUUAUCAAUAUCUGCCCAGUCAAUAAUUAGCAAUAGCUGCCCAGUCACUAGUAGUUUUACAUUUGUUUAGGUGACAUGCCCCUACUCCCCUUUAACCUCUCUUUUAUUAAUAUGGGGGUUCAUAGUGACAGCAUGCACAGUGCUGUUUGGACGAAAACAGAUUAUUUUUUAACAAAUUUUGCUCAAAAACAAAUGGUUUGCAGACGAAAUUCGGUAUUGACGAAUUACAUUUUUUUUUAUUUAGUACGAAAUCAUCCAUACGAAACAACAUUUUCACUGGUGCACAUGUCUAGUAGAGGUUGGUCCUGAGUAGUUCUUUGAGAUAAUAUAGCACUGAUACAGUUUUCUGAGGCAUCAACCUCUAUUAUGAACGGUUUUGGAAAGAUCAAGGUGAGUCAAUAUAGGGGCUGUCCAAAAAGCAGCCUUUAUUACCUCCAUAGCGACUACAGCUUCAGGAGUCCAAAUAAGGGGAUUGACUCCUUUCUUAGUCAUAUUGGUUAAUGGUGUUAUAAUGGAAGAAAACCCCAAAAAAGCACAGUGGAUAUAUAAUUAAAAAACUUUAAAAUAUGGUCUAAAUCAAGACAUUAUAUUUUUUUUCUAUACAUAUAUUUUUUUUUAUAAAUUAUUACUCUUCCUUAUUAAUAUAUUAUUAUUUUAUAUAUAUUUUAAUGUAUUUUUUCAUAUCUACGAAGAUUUAGUCCAUUUGAGAUGUUUUGGUAUCCAUGCCUGUUUACACUUUUUAAUUGUAAGUGCAAUACAAUAAAUUUCUAUACUUUUUUGACAUACUUCACUAUUGUGGCUAUCUAUUUCCUUGUAUGUGAGCAUCCCAGAUCCAUGAUAAGAAGCACCUUAAUUUACUUUCUCCAUACCCCAGAGGGGUGAUGAGCGCAUAUAUCACAUCCGUUUGUGAGUGUUAUAUCUAUAGUAAACUGGGUUGUUGUUUUUUUUUAUCAUUGCUGGAUUACAAUAUGUUUUUUGCAUAUAAUUUUUUUUCUUUUACACAAGUGUUUGUGUUUCUUCCACUUCUUUUACUUCAAAUCCCUUUUAUCACAUAAGUCUAGAUAUUGUGGAGCCACCUCUGUGCUAGAGGGGUAGCAGUGGGAACAUUGAUUGUCAGUAUAGGCUUAAGAGAAGAAAAACACUUUGUGACACUUGGUACUCCACUUGGUUAUCUCCCCAGCUUCCCAAUCAAUUACUGGGUUAUGUUUUACCAACCAGGGGUAACCCAGCACAACAAAACAGGAAGGAGAGGAUAGAACCUGAUUCUCUCGUAUGCAAGAUACCCACAGUCAUAAAGAUGGGUUUAGUCUUGUGAAUGAUGAGAGGAGUAUGAAGUAGUCUACCAUCUAUGGCCUCAACAUGUACAGCAGGGACAGGGAUAGCAGAAUCAGCAUCAAAAGAAGUAUCUAUGAAAUAAUCUGCUGCUCCUGAAUCUACCAAGGCUUUAACAAGGACAAACUGACAGUAUGAACCUAGAUGUUUCAGGUACAGGGGACAUUACACCCAAGGCUGGCCUUAGGUGUGAGAGUUUUCUGGACGGCUGGGACAUUCCGUCCUAAGGUGACCUUUCAGUCCACAAUAAAGACCUAGACCCUCUCUUCUCCUGAAGGCCUUUUCAGCCUCAGAUAACUUUGACACACCUAAUUGCAUGGGUUCUGGGGCAGGUAAUGCUAACACCUGUUAAACCGGAGGAGAUAAGGCAGGGUGAAUAACCAUUCUCCUUUGUCUCCUUUGUAUUUGUGAAUGUUUAUCCCAGAUCUGAUUAUAUGUAUACAGUAAUCGGUCAGAUAAUUUAAGUCAGAAGAAAAUUCUUUGACAGCUACUUCAUCCUGAAUGUUAUCAGCUAAACCUUUGUGGAAUGUCGUAACUAAACCACUGUUAGUCCAGACUACCUCAGAAGCUAACGUUCUAAAUUCAAUAGCGUAUUCUGCUACUGAGCGAAAUGCCUGUCUUAUUCUCAUCAGUGACUUUCCAGCAUAAUGAGCAUGACCUGGCGCAUCAAAAGUCCUUUUGGAGGCAGAAAGAAAGUCAGCGUAGCUAUGGAUAACAGGCAAAUCAGACUCCCAUAAAGGGUUAGCCCAGGCUAGGCCUUAUCGGCUGAUUAACUAGAAAUGUAUUCUUUGCUCUAUCCAUAGAAAAAAAGCAAGAAUUAAUUUCAAAGUAAAUGCUAACCUGGUUGAUUAAAACUCGGUAAUUCAGUGGAUCACCACUAUAGUGUUGUGGAGGUUUCAUAUGAGCAGCAGGAGCAUAGUGACUAGUCUCAUAGGCAGAGGACAUGAUAGCUGUCCCACUGUUAGCAGAUUGUGUGUCAGGCUGCAGGUGAGCAGUACACUGCAAUAUAGUCUGAAGGGCUUGGGUAAACUGAUCCAAACUGAUCCAUAUGGUGUUUAAGCUCGUCCAUUCUUGCUCCCUGUACUGCCAUCUGCUGAGACAGGUCCGUAGGGUCCAAAAUGGCUUUGUUGUACUGUCAUGGCAAGAAAGAAAAACGCAAAACACACAGACCCUAAUCUGCUAAAGGAAAUGUGUAACGUAUUACUAGGCCUUAGAAUGGCUGGAUUUAGCAUAAAGAGUAGUCAAAGAGAAAGCUAAGGUCAAACAUAGUGGAGAACAGCAUAAACUGGAAGACAAGCCAAGGUCAGGAACACAGAAAGCGGAGAGACGAUUAAACAUGCCAAAACCAGUAACAGGAAAUCCAAACAAUAAAAAGUGCACUCUUGGGUAUACAAGAACCACAAUAGGACAACUUACUACUGAAAAGCCAGGGAACCAAUACCAUUGGUCAGAAUCAUUUCAGAGUGCCUAAAGACCUGAGUUCGGCCAAACCCCAAACUCGGGAGUCUCUGUUCGUGCGACCGAUAGGUUCAGCACUUAGAGUCGCUCCGUUAUGACUUCGGGCCAACUCUGUGGAAUAGAUAAGCAUUACAUUUUGCUAAUGUAGCUUUUCUCACUCUUUAGGUUCAGCUUCGCAUUCCUACUUCAUUCUGUAACCGCAGGUGGUUCCCUUAUUUACCACUGUAAUGUCUUAAAGCAUAGAACUUAGUAGGGCUAACCAUACAGAUAUCUUAGCCAUAAUUUUAUGUAGUGUAAGAGAUCCUCUAUUUAACAUAUAUAAAUAAUUGAGAAUACAAUAUAAAAUAAGGAUUGUCAUCAUGUCAGCCUCUCUGUCAUUUUAAGAUGGAGCAGCGUCUGUCUCCAAGUCUCUCCUCUGUGUCUAAACAUUUAAAAGUACACCUAUUUAUACCUUAGGUGUCUCCAUUUUAGGGUUACCGUAGUUCAUAUAUGAAAAAGUAACACUUCUUUUACUUUAUUCAUUUUAGGACCUCCCUUAACUUGGCAAACAUACAAGGCCAUAACUAAAGGGUGUAUUCUAACACCUUGUCAGUUUGCAAUAUCUCUUAAAGACAAAGUACACAGUUUAAGAAAUACAACAUUUCAUUCUAAAACUUGUAAUAUUUGCAUUUGCCAAUAACACCCUCUCCAUUAAACUGUGGGUGAUGUAGAGCAUUUCUUCCUUAAAUUAUUAAACCAAAAUUCUCCAACAGUCUUAAGGUUUUUGUGCUCCCAGCAUCUUUGAUCAUUGUUGUAACAGUAAAAUAUCCAUAGUGUGAUCUUUGCCUGUAAAGGUGGUUGAUUAAAAUGAGCAAAGCUUUUGUCUAGGAAAGAAUUGAAAAGAACACCAAGUUCCAGAGUAAGAUAUAUUUGGAUGGAUCCGUAUACGAAUUGUAAUCCAAAGUUAAAAGUAGUAAUUGUAUUUGUAAUCCAAAGUCUUAAAGGCCUGUAAAAGUUUACAUUCCUUAGAUACAUUGCUGGAGGUUGUGUUUGUAGAAUACCCGGGUAUUUGUUGUAGAGUAUAGGUUGUAGAGUCCAGCUAUCCAGGUAUUUGGCUAGAAUUGGUUGCAGAUAUUGAAUCAGCAUCAUCUGUUAUCACCGUGGUGAUGGCGUUGGUAUUUAUUUUUGCUUUUUUUAUUUUGUUUUUUUUUCCAUGAAACAUUUUUACACAGUUUAUGAUGUGUAUAGAUUGGAUACUCUCCGAUAUUCUUUUACGGAAUAAUUUGACAGCAUUUCCAAGACAUUGUCUUAAGUGACAUGGAUCCCGUUAUAGUAAAUGUUAUGUUGAUACAGCAAUCGAAGUGGAUUCUCAAGAAAGCCUCUUUUUGCUGUAUUGGAAUCUUUGUAACAUCUCAGUGAUAGACAUCUCAAUGACAUCAGGUGCUGUUGUGCUAAAAAUGUUAACAGGUAAAAUCUGUGGAAAAAUCUUUACAUUUGUUAUACUUCGUAUAAUAAUGAUAGAUGAAAUAGUAACAUAGUUAAUCUUUCUAGUGUUUUGUUUUAAAGAUAAACACCCUUGUAUAUUAUUUAGAGAUAUAAGGAUAAUUUGAAGCAGCAAAGUAUUUACCACCUUUGUUCAUAAUGGUAUUUAAAAUUACAUUGUCUUUAAGUGUUAAAAAUACUCUUUUAUUCAAAACCUCUCAAUCUAUUUAGAAUAGUUGCUAAUUGGAAAUAUGACGUUCAUUAUCUUUCUUUGACCUGUUAGGGAGAAGACAACAUAUUCCCUAAUAAUAACUACAUUUAUUAGUGGCUUAAAAUACCAGAAACACCCAAAAAUUGACUUUAAAACUUUAUUUUUUUACCAAGAUCUGACAGCCAUUGUGGAAAGUUACGUUCGUGAGAUUGGAUGCUUAACAAUGUGAAUCUUAAUUGUUUAAGUAUAUUUUUCAGUGGCUCUUGGGUGUAACUUAAGAGGAUUUGAAUAUUUAUUAUUUCUAAAAGUGAGUUAAGAAAGCACUCAAAUACAAUAUUGAAGGUAUUUAUAUUUUAACUCUACCUUUGUAUAAGUGGUUUUAACCCUUCAAUAACAAUAGAUAUCAGGAUCUGUUGUAACUAUAACUGGUUGAAGUGGGGGUAUGUUACAAUCAGAAUAUGAAUUAAUAAUCAUAUGCAUGAUCUAUUGAUUCAACAAUAAAUAGAUGUGGCAGGAUCAUUGCCAUCAGGUAUAUGUACCUUUAAUCAGCACAAACCAAAUUUAAUUUUCUUGGUAUUUGAAAAACUGAUAAAAUAAUUGAUUACGUUUAUUUUAAUAUAUAUAUAUAUAUAUAUAUAUAUAUAUAUAUAUAUAUAUAUUGUGAUCCUUGUCUGCAGGUAGCACGGUCCUCUAGGGUAAACAACAGGCACAGUCCUUUGGUUUGCAUAUAAUCCAGGCAGUUUUAUUGUUAAACUCCACCACAGCUACAGCAGCAAAUAAAAAAAAUAAAAAACAACAAUAACACAAAUCCCUAUAAACAAAAGCCUAGCUUGUCUGAGCACUAACUAACAUCAGACUCCCUCUCUCUCAGGGUUUAAACUAGAACAAAAUAAUAUUUGUGUUCACCAACCUAGUGCCUUUGUCAGAUCUCUGCACUCCACACUCGGUUAGCAUGUGGCUUCCAUUCCUUCUAGAAAUAAACAAAAUUAUCUCUCUUUUCCGCACUCCCAGUGCUCCAAGCCAGCCUUGACUGUUUUCCUUUUGCACUCCCAGUGCUCAGUCUCCUUGACUCUCUCACUGGAGAUAACAGUCUCUCUCCAACCUGCUUCCAGAGAGGAAGCCAACAAUCCCCCCUUUACCUGCAUAGCAGGGGGGGUUUAUUCCCACUGCUACAGCUGAUUAUCUGCAGCUGAGCAGUGGGUUGGAGACAGUUCCAAAAAACUCUUGCCUGGACCUGAUUUCUCCAAGUUGUGUAUAAACUGAGGAGUGGAGCAUUGGCCCACACUGCUCUCCAAAUGCUCCACCCCAGGCGCCCAUGACUAAACAGUGGUUUGUGUUGCCUACAACACAUACUACACAUACUCCCCAUGGAGUUAAAUGUUUUAGGCCUAUCUGCCUUCACUUUAUCACAAUAUAUAUAUAUACACAGAGUGGUAUGGAUGUUGAAUUUAUAUCUUUGACAUAUUUUCACCAGUUUUUAAUAGGUGACCUAAAUGAUCAAUUUCCAAAAUCAUCAUGUAUAUCACCUGGACUGGUUAAUCCAUAAUACUCUUUUACUUUCCAUUGACUGGCCUUAGCUCUGGCAGACUGAAUAUGUUUAUCAUUGUAAAUAUAGGUUUGUGAUAAGUGAAGUAAAGUUUCUGCCUGUCUUUCAGUUAAAUUUUAACUGUUGAAGUACUUCACUUAUAUUAAUUAGAUUAUAUUUAUUAUACUACUCUGCAAACUUAUACGAAUAUAGAGUAGUUUCUGAUUUAAUAAAAACAUUUAAAAUUUUCCUUUAAGGUUAAAACAUUAUUCAUUAUUGCAGUUGUUAUUGUAAUCGUAUGAUCUUUAACGUAUGAUUCAAUUAUUCAUCUGGGUAAUCAGCUACUAUGCUCUUAUACUUUAUGUCUAAUAUAUUUGUUUGUAGGCCAGACUGUAUAUGAAAUUUUAGCAAUGAUCUUCAAUUGCGUUUCAGAUAGUCACAAAGUCUAUCCACCUUUGUAAUUAACAUAUUAUGUGUUUAUUUUAUACCAUUAAUUAUAGUAUCUCUAUUAUAUUACACAUCGUCACUGACACAUUUCUGAUACAGGGAAAAAAAUAGCAUGAUUGCUUUAGUAAUUAUAAUUUUUCAGUCCAUGUACCACAUUCAUGGAAGUCCAGAAUAUAGCAAGAAUCCUUUGUCAUUUGAUUCUAUGGAGCCAUUUAAUGUUUUGAUUGGUAUAGUUAUACCAAAAGAGCAAGGAGUACGACGGUAGAUCACAUCUGCAACAGAACCAUUACAGAUUCCUUGUUGUAUCAGUGUAUCUGUGUUUAUGUUUACAGGAGUUCCUUGCUUUGCAGUUAUGUACAUAAUUUGUAGAGUUUAAGAAAAGCUGCAAAUCGUGUGCCAUGAUGUCAAGUUUCUGAAAGAUUUUGCUGGCCUUUUAUAUUCCAUUCUCCUGGCAGGGCAUUUGCUCUUAGUAGGCCGGUUUUGUUAUUAUUUAUUAAUUGCAUCAAGAUUUCUUUAGUUAAUUGAUGUGUUUCUACCGAAUUCAAAUUCAUAUGCCACCAAAUGUCAUUGUAAAGUUUAUUGUUGCAGAAUAUUGUUCCAGGAUGGUAUUUCACUCCAGUAGGAAAUCUAUAUUCCUCUUCUUCUGAUCCUUCCUAUUAACCACUUUUUAUGAGUUGUAGUUAACAAUCUGUGUCUUGUACUGUGAGGUGUUUUGAUAGUCAUUCAAUCAGGUUUUCUCAGUACCAUUUUCCAUCUUGAGAAGCUCUUGGGUGUUGACAGUUAUCAGCCCUUAUUUCUUUUUCCUUUCAACUUCUGUCUGGAAACAUAAUAGCAAUGUCCAGAAUUAGCAUAGCACUUCUUUUCAGCAUAAGAAGGCUGUUUGUGGUAGUCACUCAAUGAUAAACUAUAUGGCAAAGUCUUUUCUUGCAUCAUCUUCAUAGGUGAACCCAAAGUCUUUUACAAGGAUCUGUCUCGUCUUUUUCUGUUUUCAUCAUGCUUUGCCAUCAUCGUUGAGUCCAUUAUUAGGAUUUGUAAUAGUCCAAUCACAUCUUUCUCAUGUAUAAUCGGUUUUUGGAAUGAUCUCAAUAGGUUCCUUGUGAAAUACCAGUGUGGGUCACUGUAACGCAAUCCCUUAUUUACAGACCAUAUGAACCAGCCUGUUCGGUUAUUUGUAUGAUUAAAGCGGGAUUUCGUGAAAAUAGCGAUAAAAGCGAAUAAACUACCGAACCACCGACCUCCCACUGAGGUCGUGUGGCGCCUAUUAACCACCCAGGCUGUUGCGGUUAACCACAGACUAAUUGGGGAAUAGCUGGUGGUCCGCGUUCGUUUACCGAACACGUGGCAAUCGCCAUUUUGUAUUGUCGAACGCUCAGCGGUAAAUGGCGAGGAUUCCCUGGAACUAAUUUCGGCUACUUAUUUUGUCGAACACUGCUGCUACCUCUUAAUUUUCUCGUUCGUACGGUGGAAAAACACACAAAUGAAGGGGAUACUACUUCAUUCUGCGCUGAAAGUAUGCGAAAGUGACCAACCCCAGAUAGCUACAGUAUGGAACUCGUAGUUGGCUACAAACACACGAACAGCUGGCGAACGUCAAACUUCAGUCUAUGUUUCUGAGAACUGUGUUCGUGGAAUCUGAGCGCUAUUCGCCUAGAAUAUGCACUCAGAUCCAAGCUAUCUGGGGAUAUGUGGGACUUAAAGUUUAUGUUGUGUAAAAAGAAAGUUAUAGAUUUUUAUUAUGCUGGAAAAAAACAUGUUUCUUUCUACCUGGAGAUAACUAAGGCUCUCUUUGCUACCUUAAGUUAAUUAUCUCCAGGAUGGAAAAGAGGGAGUGAUUUAUGGAAAUGGGAGUGCUUAUGCUAUAGCCACUGUGAUUGGCUACUGUGAUACUUUUGUCCCAGUCUUCCAUCUGGUCCCCUAGGGGAGUGUCCACCAGGUGGGAGACCUGCAUAAAUACCAGGUGGGUAGCCCACAGUAAAUUAGAUCGUUUUACCCCUUCAUGAAGUCUCGACUCAUGUUUGGGGGAUUGGGAAUUAUAAUCACUUCGUUUCAGCUGGAUUUCGGGAGAAGCUGCAAGGAUCAUCGCUGCACGAAUAGAAGGAUCCUUUACAGUCACAUUAGCAAUCAUUUCACUGUGAGCUGUGUCUCUCCUUUUGAGAUGGUUCUUGGAGGUAGUCCUCACGAUCACAGAACUUGUAUAGUGUGCAGUCCGAUUCAGUUCAGGUGCUUCCUGCUUGUUAACAUAAUUCCAAUGCAGUUUUAAAACGACAGCCAGGGUUGAUGUUAUGAUAAUGCUGCAGACUGUAAGAAGGAGACACCAUAACCAAUUUUCUAGCAUCCUUUUGCUUCCAUCUCUGCAUUUCUUUCUUACUGUAUAAGAGAAUUCAGGUUCAGUCUGUUUUCUCCAGAGUCUUUCUUAUAAUGAUGUUGAUGAUUCAUUUUUCAUACAUUCCAUGUUAACUGUGAAUGUAUCACGUCUGACUGUUCAUCCUUCUCCUUCACAUUUAAAGGUUCAGAUGUCAGAUCAUGAUUCAGUCUGUUACGUGGCUAUGAUUCUAGUGGCUGUGUUCUGGUGGCAUUUCUGUUGUCCUCUGUUUGUUUUAUCUUGUAAUCUUUAACACCAUCCAUUGUAUCAGUCAGUGGUUCUGUGAACGUCCUGUUAGUAUUAAGCAGGUUGUAAAAUAUCAAAAUGUGGGGGUCGUGGCCUGACACCGAGCUGCAUGGACACAUCCUAACGAAGCUCCUGCUACCGGGCGAACUAGGGCUAAAAUAAUCGUGCUGCAAAAAGAACAAACAAGUUUUAAUUAUUAAGCUACCACUCCCGAGCCUGCAGAGAUGUCACACAGGCAAAAAAAUAAAGCUGCAAAGGCAGAUCGCGCCUCCUUUUUCCUGGCCAAGUCGGCGACAUCACACGCACGAGAAGGCCGCAGCCCAGAUGCAGAUGGCGGUGCCGCUCGCUCCGAGGAGGAUCCACCUUUAUCCCCAAUGUCCUCAGAUACAGGACCAGAGGACAGCCCGCCUACAACCCAGCAAUUGAAAAGAAUGCUGUCGGAACUUACUGACACCAUCCAGAAGAACAUGGCGACGCAGAUACAAACCCUCACCGCAGAUCUCAGGAAGGAGAUUAUAGAGGUGGGCCAGCGUACUGCUCAGAUAGAGAAGAGGAUGGAUGAUUUCGCUGAAGCGCAUAACGGUCUCGCGGACAAGCUGCAUGAAUUGGACACCGUCCUGCACGACCAUGCGGUCAAAAUGGCCGACAUGGAGGACAGAUCGAGACGCAAUAACUUGCGUAUCCGCGGUAUACCGGAGUCAGUGCUCAACCCUGCACUUCCUAACUACCUGUUAGACCUCUUCCAAGCACCGUCACCGGAGACGCACCCGGACCAGCUUAUCAUCGACCGAGCGCAUAGGUUGAGAAGACCAAAACACCUCCCUAACUCCACCGCGAGGGACGUGAUAGUCCGUGUCCACUUUUACCAUGCCAAGGAGAGGCUAGUUCGAGCAUCCCGCACACCAGGCAUGCCAGAUCCCUACAAGGACUUAAAAAUUUUCACGGACCUGUCGGCGGCAACCCUACAAUUUCGAAAAAGCCUGUCUCCCCUCACAACAAUGCUACGAGCAACAGGAAUUAUGUACAGAUGGGGAUACCCCGCAAAAUUGCUCAUCCAGUACCAAGACUCACUGCACGCCGUAAAUUUGCUGCCGACUGGCAAAGAAAAAUUUAAGGUGUGGGGACUCCCGGUUGCCACUACAGACGACCAUAACCAGGCAAAGAUACCUCGGAUGUCCCCUGAGUGGACCCCGGCCUGAUCAGGAUCCCUCUGCGAGACCUGCCUCUUCUCCCGCAGAGAGAGUGUUAAGUAUGCCUAACACUUACUGCGGCCCACGGCGCAGUCACUAGGACCUAUGAACUGUUGAUGACCAAAUGUUGCAAAAAGGUUAUGUUCUUAUUUUUUAGUGUAUUACAAGUUAAACAAAAAAAAAAAGAUACCUGCGGCACGAGAAAGCCUCAGCAUACUAUCUCUUUAAGCCAUUCAAAGCCCUAAGAGCCACAUAUGAGCCACGACAACAUCAGGCUCACUUAAUGUACCCCCUACAUUGCAGCCAAGAUCAGCUUGGCGUGCUCCAGCUCUCUUGUGUAGAGCUUAAUCAGGGUUUAUUCCCCUUUCCCCACUCCCAGUUUAUUCUCUCCCUAGUUCCCUCUUUCCCUGACCUAUCCAGGUUUUCCCUAGCAGCCAGUAAUAUAAUACCAGACGCAAAAUCCCGUAUAAGCAGUACAGUACGUCUUAACAGGAAUGAUCGUGUAGUUAGGUUUGGGAUAUAUUUGCUUGAUGGUUAUUGCUGCAACAUAGGAAAAGAUGCUGUUGUUAUGCUAACACCGGUUCACCUCCACGCACCAUAUGUCAUACGCAAAACUGAUCCCCAAUUAUCAUAAGAGUAGUAACGUAUAAUGUGAAGGGGUUGAAUACCCCUGGGAAAAGAUGUUUACUGUAUAAAGAAUUGAUAAAAACUAAGAUUGACAUUGCAUGUAUUCAAGAGACCCACUUUAAGAAAGGCUAUACACCAAAGAUCUUUACUAAACACUUCCCGAUACAAUACCAUGCACUCUCAGUAAACAAAACAAAGGGUGUCUCUAUCCUAAUACACAAAGAUAUCGCAUUCACCAGCCAGAGGCAGUACAUAGAUCCCCAAGGUAGAUUCAUAAUCCUACAGUGUCUCAUUAACGCAACCCACUACACACUGGUCACGGCAUACUUCCCCAAUGAGAACUCCAACCAAUACCUAAAGUCCCUGCUAACGAAAAUAGACCAAUAUCGCCUAGGCAAUUUAUUACUAUGUGGUGACUUUAACUUCACUCAGUCACCCCUGGAUAGAACAACUCAGAGAGGCACCAAUAAUAGAUUGUCGCACGAUAAGACCCACAAACACAUUAACAAAACACUCUCAUUACAUUACCUCUAUGAUGUAUGGAGAACUCUUAGCCCUGAAACGAGAGAUUAUACUUUUUAUUCGAGGGUACACAAUUCGUACUCUCGAAUUGAUGGGUUUUUUGUUGAUAGAGUUACCUUGCCCCUUGUAGCAGAUUGCAGGAUUGGGGAGAUUACGUGGUCAGACCACAGCCCGGUCACCCUGGUACUGAAGGAUGAAUUCCAAUUCACAGGGAAAGGCACAUGGAGGUUGAAUGACUCCCUAUUGAACGAUGAGAAAUUUACCGCUAACAUUAAAGAGGAGCUUAUAACCUACUUUAACCUAAACAAUGUUCAAGAGACCACGGCAGCCACGGUCUGGUCCGCACAUAAGGCAGUACUUAGAGGCCUGUUUCUUAAACAAGCUUUGCACAUUAAAAGGACCCAAGACUCGGCAAUGUUGGAAUGCCACACUAAAAUAGCGCAACUUUCUGCUCUAAACAAAACCCAGCCCUCAGUAGAAACAGGGAUACAACUCACCCAGCAAUAUGACAAACUAAGAGACUUGACGGCAGACAAAACUAGGAGGCUGCUCCAUAAAUUAAAAGCUACCGCUUACCACCAUAGUGGUAAAGCCACUAAAUUGUUAGCAGCGAGAUUACGAAAGAAAUGCAACACACAAAAGAUCGCACAUCUUAUAAAUGAUAGGGGACAGAAAAUACUAAAACCCAGCGACAUAUCGCAAACCUGCACCUCACGACAGGUAUAAACAACCCAACGGAAGACAGCAUCUCCAAAUAUCUUAGCCAGAUACACUUGCCACGAGUCACACUAGAACAAGCUGUAACGCUCCAACAACCCAUAACCUUGGCAGAAGUUAGCGCGGCUAUCAAAUCUCUGCCUCUAGCUAAAUCCCCGGGAGCUGAUGGUUUCACUAAUGCCUACUAUAAGAAAUUUGCAGACACAUUGGCGCCCCACCUGUUGCGGGUGUACCAACAAGCCUCCGCAACGGGCUCCCUCCCUCCGGAGAUGCUUAUGGCCACAAUUAUCACCAUUCCAAAACCUGGCAAACCGGCAAAUGAAUGUAAAAACUUUCGCCCAAUCUCCCUCCUUAAUACAGAUGCCAAACUCUACGCUAAAAUUAUAGCAAACAGGCUGAGCGGACUUCUGCCAGAAUUGAUUUGUGAUGAUCAAACAGGUUUCGUCAGAGGGAGACAGGGCUCGGACAAUACAUACAAACUGAUGCACACCCUAGAGCAGCUCCGGAGGCCUGGCCGAGGGGGUCUGCUUUUAGCCUUGGACGCGGAGAAGGCAUGUGACCGCCUUGGCUGGGCCUUCUUGAGACAAGUUCUAGUGAAAUACGGUUUCCCCCAUCAGACCAUCACGCAAAUUUUUGCACUAUACUCGGCUCCGAAAGCUAGAGUUCUGCAAGCCGGGUUCCUAUCGGACCCUUUCGAAUUAUCUAACGGGACCAGACAGGGAUGCCCACUGUCCCCACUGUUAUAUGUUUUAGCCCUGGAACCACUUCUGGUCGCAAUUAGAUCCCACCCCAAUAUUACUGGAAUUCUGGUCGGAUCUAGAGAAGUUAAGAUAAGUGCCUUCGCAGAUGACAUCCUCCUCUAUAUGACCCAACCAAGGGAUUCUCUGCCCCAUGUCAUGUCCCUCAUUCACGACUAUGGAACACAAUCCUACUAUUCUCUUAAUACCUCUAAAACCCAAGCACUUAGCAUAGGUGUUCCUGAAAGUGAAAUGAUAGGCCUCAGAGGGUCGUACCCCUUUGAUUGGAGGAAAUAUGACAUUACAUACCUGGGACUACUGUUCUCUAAAAAACAUACAGAGCUCUACACGGGCAACCAUGUUAAAACGUGGAGAGAAUGUGCCCUACAACUAAAAAGAUAGUCACCUCUCUAUCUAACGUGGACUGAAUGAAUAGUGGCAGUAAAGAUGUCGAUACUUCCUAAACUGCAAUAUAUUUUUAGAACGCUCCCGAUUCCUGUCCCACACUCCUUUUUUAAACUGGUACAAAAGGAGGUAGACAACUUUAUUUGGGCUGGGUCUAGACCGAGGGUAGCCAGGAAUCUUUUACAUGCUCCUAAAAAGUCAGGUGGACUGGGAUUACCAGAUGUGAAGGCUUACUACCAUGCAUCCAUACUAGCCACCUUACUUCCCCAUCAUAUAGAUAAAAAGGCCCCUCAGUGGGUGGAGAUAGAGAGAAAUCUGCUGAAGCCCUUCACACUACCUAACAUAUUGUGGAUACCAAAGGUAUACCGCCCGACCCUACCACAUCCAUCCGACCUCCUUGCCCUCAAACUACAAAUAUGGGACAAAAGUAGGGCAACACUCUGUUCCCCAACUAAACUUUCACCAGCUACACCAGUGGCGGCCCUCCCGUAUUGUAUACCGACCUUCCAUGCCAACCCUUGGAUAGACAACAAAUUAACACACCUCUAUCAUAUUCUCCAACACGGGACAUUAAAGGACUUCUCUACACUGAGACACACACAUAAACUUCCUGUAACCUCACAAUUCUCAUACAUACAACUGAGAUCGUUCCUCUACAGGUCAACUAGUGCUGAUAGGGUAUCGCAAUCUGAUAAGGGACAACCCACGGUGUGGGAACAAGUCUGUAUAAAUGGGUCAUUACCACUCGCAUGUAAACCGACCUCCAUGUGUUACCGACUCAUCGCUAACACUAUGCCAUUCCCUGAUACCAAUGUAGCACAACAAUGGAAUAUAGAUCUGGGAGAGCCUAUCUCCCCCACACAAUGGAAUAUCUUAUUCCAUGACAUAAACCAGCUACUCACAUCCACUUCCCUAGUGGAGCAACAACGCAAGGGUGUUUAUAGAUGGUACAUGGUACCUACUCGGAUUCAUAAAUUCUACCCAAAUAGCUCUCCCAACUGCUGGAGAUGUGGAUUAGCAAGAGGAGAUGUCCUCCAUAUUUGGUGGCAGUGCCCAGAUCUUAAACCGUUCUGGACGGAAGUCCAUACGCUCCUGCAAGACUUGACUGGCAUUAAUAUGCAAUUUACGCCCCAAGUCUAUAUAACACUAAUUCUCCCGAGCGGAACCCCCAGAGCCGAGAGGAAACUUAUAUAUCACGUUCUCCUCUCAGCACACAGAGAGAUCGCAAGAUCAUGGAAAUCUAAACAAUGUCCGCCCUUCGCCAGAGUACUAACCGCUCUGAUAGAACAAAGAGCAUAUGAAGGAGCAUACACCAAAUUGUGGCCCCCUUCCCAUACCUCCGCAAAGGCGUGGGAGAUCUGGGACACAUGGAGAUCGGGUCGCCUGGGUUAACCCUAAAGGGAGCAAACCGUAGAGCUGUGUUUAGAAUAUGGGUCGAGUCGACCCCGGACCUUAGAGGGUACAAGCAUAUAUUGAACACCCAUACCCACCCUGUCUCGGCUAACUGUUUUGUACUGUAUGACUAUGCAAUAUACUAUAUGACAAUUAUAAUACUUUGCUGCUGUUCCCCCCCCCCUUUUUCUCUUCUGUAUCCCCCCCUCACCCCGACUAAUGUCGGGUUUAUGACAAAAUAUUAAUAAAAAUUGUCAAAUUUAAAAAAAAAAAAAAUAUCAAAACGUACUGUUCUCUGUUGGCUCUGAUUGUUCUCUGUAGUAAAAGUUCUCGGAGUCACCCUCUCCAGGACAAACUGGCCAACAGUAAGAAAAAGUUGGUGGUGCAAGGCGAAGUGGGCUAGAAAAAAAAAAUCCCUAAAUUUCUCUAAUUUAAGUUCUAAGCUCUCCCUGGUGCAGAAAUAUGAUUGUCAGUGAAAAAACAUGUAACAUUUCUUAUGGUGUCUCACCAUUUGUAUCAUCAGGUAUGUUGUGAAUGCUCAUCUGUACAAUCGGAAUAAAUAGAUACCACUGUGUGGGGCAAGCAACUAGUAACGUGGUCAAUAGUCAUUUAACGUCAGCAUUUUCCCAGACCACAACCCCACUUCUUUGGCGCACUGAAAUCCCAAAGUAACCCAAAUGUGGUUGCCCAGUUUUAGGUUUCCUUUGCAGUAACUGCAGGACCACCACCCAAAUGGAUGGUCCUGGGAUUAUCAAAUGCAUACUAAGGAAGUGGGACUAGCAAACGUGGUAUCAGAAGUUGCACUUCGCACAGGAUAUAUCCAAGUAAACCUGGUACAUGCAUCAACACAUACAAAAACAUAUUUAUAACCAUGAGAUGUUGGAAAACUUCCAAUAUAUAGUAAUUCAAAAAUUACGUUAGAUAUUAAUAUUUCAAUAAACAGUACAUCAGUAAUAUGACAAUAAUCAAAUGCUUAUGAUUACUAAACACAUGAAUUACAGUAUUUCCCAUAUUGGACCACCAAUAUUCCUUUUCAGGAGUCAGAAGUACAUUACUUCUCUCUAUAAGAGCUUGUCCUAGCCAUGAAAAAGCUUUUAGGGCAAGUCUGUCUUUCCUCUAUAGGAAGAACAACCAACAUAUUACCUUCAAUGGUUAUUAUGUAAUUAACCCCUGUAAACGAUAGGCGUAUUUAUGUGGAUACCAGGUGGAUUAUUUCUGGAUAUCCUUGCAAGCAUAAACUCUGCAUCGUGACUGAGAGAUAGGGUAUGCGAUGUGAUCCAGUGACCACAGAAAAGCGUUGGUAGACACAUUGCAUCAAAGUGCCUGUUAAUGACCAACUAUAUGAGGAGAGGGACCAUGCUUUGUUAUAAGCAUGUUCAUACACGUAUUACAAUGCCAGGCUUUCAGUUUGUUAUCACAAAGUAAAAUGCAGUUGUGGAUAUAAACUCACGACGUAUCGUAAAAAAAAACAGUUUGAACACCAGACUGAGAUUCGAGAUCAGUGAACAGUGGACCAAAAUAGAUAAAUGAAAUCUUAUCAAUUAAUAUACUUUCAAUAUACUUUCUUUAAAUUACUUUAUCCUCUGUAUUAACUAUGAAAUAUUAAAGUUAAAACAAUAACAUUUAAAAGCCAACUUUUGGUGUGCAUAGGAAUUACAAGGCCGUUCAUAAUGUGUGAUAAAACCGAAUAGUCUGUGAACACAAAAUGACCUUGUGCUGAAAAUUCACUUGCAGGGGAAAAAAAAUAAAAAUAUUUUUUCUUUUUCUUUUUCUUUAGUAAGUUAAUUAAUUAAACGUAGUUAGAACCUCUCUCAAAGUCCCGAUGACUUUGCAAGAAACAUGUUGUCCUUAAAUACUGGGUAAGUCCAUUAAACAGUGAAAUAGCAUUUUUACCCUGUAUAUUAUUUUGUCACAGCUAUAAUGUGCAGUAUUACAAACUAUUUCUAAGUGUUGUGCAAACUGUUCAUUAAAAUCCAGUGGUCUAGUGAGCUAUAGAACAUUUAUUUAUUUAUUUAUUCUUUAAAGCUCUGACCUCAAUCGGCAAAGCAAUAUUGUAAUGGUGUCCAUUGCAAUCUGCUGUCUUACUUGCUGCUCUCAAAAAUUCUGAAUAUGUUCAGAGAUUUCUUGGGCAAUAAUAAAUCCCCAACUUUACAUUUAUGCUAAACCUGGCUGUUGUAAACGGAUUCUGUAUAUUUCUGAGAGGGGGCUUUGGACAGUAAUGUCACUUUAAUUAUACUUUUCAUAUAGCAGAUAUGUGAUAUGCAAUGUGAUUUAAUAUAUCAGCGUAUUAUCACUUUAAUUGACACUGCAUUCUUUCAUGCAUUCUUCUUUAUGCAUUAUUAUUUUUCUUUUUUUCUUAAGUUUUAAUGUCUGUUCAGAAUAUUGCAGGCUUUGCAAUAUCACAUUAAUUUUGCAGUAUAUAUAAUCACAAUGCUCUUACAACAUAUUAUUAAAAUUAGCCUCUUUCAGAAUUGUAGAAUAUGUGGUGGAACUGAAUCCCCAUAUAUGAGAUUUGAAACUGAAUUUUUAUUUCUACACUGUGCCUUAAUCUGUAUUUAUAUACAUAAUUGCGGCAGCAUAUAGCUUUUAAAGAAGCAAUUAUUUCACCCUUCAUGUGUGGUUGACUGUGGACUUUUUAAAACCUACUUUUUAUUUUUUUAUAAACCUGUUUCUGGCUCUGAGAGAGCAGGCUGCUGAAUGCAUGUAAAUGCUCUUAUUGCCUAGUCUAUAUACAUUUAUUUAUAAACAACAAUUAUAUAUUUAUAUAUAAACAACUUAAAUAUUUAAUCUUAUUUUGUUAUUUUAUGAAAACCUAGUUUAUGAAAUUCACUGAGAUUACAUGUCUGAUCUGAUUACAGUCAGUAGUACAAUAUCAUUGUUCUAAUUUCCUUAAUGCUAGCACUACAGGUACAGUGGGAUAGUACCACUGAUUUAAGUAAGCUUUUCCUUUUAAAAUUGGUGGAGUAAGCAAAGUCAAUAUGUGCAGGAAUUGUGCACUUUAAAUAGUAGAAUACUUAUGCUAUUCUAGUGAAUUGAGCUGGCUGCUUAACACAUCAUUUAGUAUCUUUUGAUCACAUUUAAAGCUUUAAAUGUAUUUAAAAUUUUAUUUAAAUAAGCCUUUAAUAAUUUCAGUUUAAAAGUUAUCAGAGAUCCUGUCUAGUUACAAUUUUAUUUUGCCCUAAUUUAUCUUACAUAUAUAUUAUUUUUAAUUAUUUUAUAAAUAUUUAUUUUUGCAGAGGAUUUAGAGAAGCAAAGGAUGUAUAACCACCUGUUGCCCUUUUUUCUAGGAGGGUAGUAUAAUUUCAGCUCUGUUUAGGAAAAAAAUAUGAGCUAGUUAGCAUAUGUUUUAUAAAAUAUAUGCUGCAGUGUACUGCACUGAAUUUAUUUAAAAGCCACGUCUUUCUCUUUAUGGCUGUAUGUAAUAAUGUUGUUCAUAAGUUGGAAUAUAAAACGACUUCUCAAUUCCUUGGAAUGUUUACAUGUCUCUGUAUCUCCGCAACCUUGGCUGGAAAUUCCAUACUCCAAAAAUAGUUAUGCUGUUAUAAUUGCUGAUUUUCAAUCAACAGCUAGCGUAACUGACAAUAUGGAAAUUAUCACUGUUUUAUAAAACUUUUCAUAUAUAGUGGACUGUCUGUCUGUCGCUUCUGUGUCAUGAAUGUUUUCAUUUAGCCAUAAUGCAAUUUUCUUUGCAUUCUUGGAAUUAGACUUCAAAUUUCAUCGCUCUGUCAUAUCACUUUUCUUUUGACAACAUCUUGCAUUAAUCCUUUUCCUGAGCAUGCAUACUAAGCAGCUACAAAGAGUACAUAUCCCCCUGUCUGCAAUCCACUGUCCUGGAACUAAUGGGCCAUGCUGUGCUGGUGUAUUAGGCAUAUCAGGGAGUUUACCAAAUAUGUAUAUUUAUUCUCUUAUGAAGUUAAUUAAGAUCCACAAUUUCAGCAUUGUAUGCUAAUUACGAUGUACCUGGCACCUGAACUCAAAGUGCUUUGUUCACAUUAAAAUCAUCUCUAAUGAUGAAGAUCUCUCUCUGAGUCUGGGCUACAAAUAGCUUGAUAGAUUCUUGAUAUUUCAAGACUUGUGACAUGACAAAGUAUUGUGUUUUCUCUUAUGUAUAAGAGGUUACCUAGGUAUUUAUUAUUUUAUAGUUAAAGCUUCCAAGUACAAUUCCCUUCGUGGUCGCCAGUCUUAAAGCAUAGAACCUAGUAGGGCUAACCAUACAGAUAUCUUAGCCAUAAUUUUAUAUAGUGUAAGAGAUCCUCUAUUUAACAUAUAUAAAUACUUGAGAAUACAAUAUAAAAUAAGGAUUGUCUUGGAAGCAAUAGUUUUGUCUUUUAGAUAUUUAUUAUAUAAUAAUAUAAAUAUAGACAUAUAAAAUCCAUUAUAGCAGAGUUUAUAAGAUUAAAUUACAUGCUUGAAAAUAUCAUUAAUAGGUUAACAUACCCUUCUGAACAUGUCAGUCUCUCUGUCAUUUGGAUGGAGCAGCGUCUGUCUCCAAAUCUCUCCUCUGUGUCUUAACAUUUAAAAGUACACCUAUUUAUACCUUAGGUGUCUCCAUUUUAGGGUUACCGUAGUUCAUAUAUGAAAAAGUAACACUUCUUUUACUUUAUUCAUUUUAGGACCUCCCUUAACUUGGCAAACAUACAAGGCCAUAACUAAAGGGUGUAUACGUCAUGGAAAUUUCCCUGACUUAGUUCAAGAUGGCAUCUUAAAGUCUGGACAUCCUUAUCUACUUAAGGUUACCACAGUAGCAUAGCCUGGAAGCUUGUUUAUGCAUUAUUGUUAUUGUAAUUCGUCUGGGACAAAAUGGCGCAAACAUAUUAUGCACUGGGGUUAUUGCUUAAAGAAACAGUUAUGAAAAACAAUAUGUUCCAUUUCUAACACCUUGUCAGUUUGCAAUAUCUCUUAAAGACAAAGUACACAGUUUAAGAAAUACAACAUUUCAUUCUAAAACGUGUAAUAUUUGCAUUUGCCCAUAACAACUCUAAGUCAUUUAUCUAAAUAGGGAAGAAUAAGUUGUUAUUAACCCUUUCAAUUCUAGCAAGAAAUUGAGCAUGACCUGUCAGAUCAACAGAUUCAACAUUGUUACUGUGAAGAGAAAUGGUUAAAACAUCACCUUCCAGAGGGACAUUUUGGAUUAUUUCAGGAGCAACUCUUACGGAAUGUUCAUCUACAGAUGCAAUUUCAUCAUUCACCUACACGAUAGUCACGUCAGGUGACUGACUAUUCCUAAAAUGGAUCUCAAUAGAGUCAGGCCUUUCUUCUAUCACAUUUUAGUUACAUUCAGAUUGAACAUGUUGUGAUAAAGUGAAGGCAGAUAGGCCUAUAACAUUUAACCCCAGGGGGAGUAUGUGUGGAUUUUGUUACAUUAUUGUUUUUUUCAUUUACUGCUGUCUCCUGUGUGGAUUUACAAAUAAAGUGCCUGGAAUUAAUUUACUUUUAAAGACUGUGCAUGUUUGUACCCAAAAGGACCGUGCUAACUGCAGACAAGGAUCACAAUAUGGUGGAGAAUGCGGGCACAGUAGCACAUUGAGGGUCUGUGGGUCUGCCAGUCAUCCGGUAGUCUGCUUGAGGACUUUUAUUUUGGCAGACCUGUUAAACAAAUAGCCUGUACCUUUAAGACUGUUACCUGCUUGGUGCUAUAAUGGAGGACCUGCUGAAGGCUGUGGUACAGGCAACCGCUAUACAGCAAGGCACAAACAGUUUACUGGCUGCACAGGUUAAGAACCUGAGGGACGCUCAGCAGGAGAAUAGAGCUGCCCUUACUGAGGUUUUGCAGAUUGCCCCCUGCAGGGAGUGUGGGGACAAGGGACCCCGUAACCAAGCUACUGACAUCCUGCAUAAGAUGACAGAGGCAGUAGAAGAAGUCUUUAGCAAGCUGAAAAGCAUGGAGGAUGCAAAGCGUGAUGUUGAGAAACACGCAAGAGAAAAAAUGACUGUGGCUGAGGCCAGCAGUGUCAAGCCGGUUUGUGUAAUAAAAAGUGAAGCAGAAGCCACCGAUGUUCACCCAAGUGAACACGUUAAAGGACCACUCUCGGCACCCAGACCACUUCAGCUUAAUGAAGUGGUCUGGGUGCCAGGUCCAGCUAGAGAAACUGCUAUGUUUAUGAAUGGGUUAAGCCUUCCCCCUAAUCCUCUAGUGGCUGUCUCAUUGACAGCCACUAGAGGCGCUUGCGUGCUUCUCACUGUGAUUUUCACAGUGAGAGCACGCAAGCGUCCAUAGGAAAGCAUUAUGAAUGCUUUCCUAUGUGACCGGCUGAAUGCGCACGCAGCUAACCCAGGAGGAGGAACGGAGAAGGAUCGGAGGAGGAGAGCUCCCCGCCCAGCGCUGGAAAAAGGUAAGUUUAACCCCUUUUCCCCUUUCCAGAGCCGGGCGGGAGGGGGUCCCUGAUGGUGUGGGCACCCUCAGGGCACUAUAGUGCCAGGAAAACGACUAUGUUUUCCUGGCACAAUAGUGGUCCUUUAAAGGCAUGAAAAGCAGACUGACUUGGUGAGUCAGAGAAGACAACAGCAAAAGAGCUGAGCAAAAUAGAGAGAAGCAAAGCACCCCAGUUGAGCUCAAAAAUGCUGUGCACUGUUUAGUAGCAGAGGCUACCCAAAAAUGUCAACCAGCUGUUGGACGGUUUGGCAGAGAAAAGCAAGGCAGAGAAGUAGUAGCAAAACUAAGUCAAAAUAAGAAAGGCAAAGUAGCCGCUUCUGACCUAAGCCAAGAGAGAGCGACAGUUACAGAACCAAGCUGUGGUGAUAAGAUGGGCACUUCCGCACCUAAGCCCGACCAAGGCAAAAGUGACAAAGUAGGUGACAUUGGCGUAACAGAAUUAAAUAUUUCAGAAACACCUCGUAUUGCUACAAAGACUUUGAAUGAUUGUUCGGGAGCCACAGAACUGGAUCUGCUGGCAAAGACUACAUCUACAGUGCCUGGGCACACUGACUACCUGGAACUGCUGCCAGCUUCUGGGAAAACAGUAAUGUAAUUAAAGCCGGGACUCGGACUGCCUGACUGGCUGUUUGAUACCGGGCUGUCAUGAUCCAGCGAGAGGCCAUGACUGCGUCUCUGGACACCACCAAGGGAACAGGGAGACCGCCAGACAGCCCAGAGGAAAGCAUUGCUGACAUUGAGAGGUGGCCACUCAAGGCUGAGCAAGCAGAGGAUACCCCUGGGGAGGAAACCAGGCUGUGGCGAAACCAACCUCGCCACUGUACACUGGAGAAGCCUGGUUGCUCGCCUGCUCCCUUUAGACUAUGGUCCUGCAUUUUAAACUUUUAUUUUACCAGCAGAAAGGUUUAUUCGUGCCUUUCUGUGGACUGUUAAAGCCAUGCUACCCCAGAUAGCUAUGCCAUGGAGCCCAGCCGUAUACUGAAAGACUGUAUGAAAGACUUUGGCUCCAUGGCGAUUGAACUGUAUGUAUGUGAUCUCAGCACCAUUCGGUAGUAAUGUGCACUCAGAUCUAAGCUAUCUGGGGAUAUGUAGAAUGUCUAUGUUUUAUGGAAUAAAUGUAACUGUAUGUAAUUUUAUGUCUUUUAUUGUCCUUUGUCUGCCAUGUGGUUAAUGGAGUUUUGCCUCUGUCCUUGGAGAUAAUUUGAUUACUUCACAAUUAUCUCCAGGACAGAGAGGAGGGAUUGUGAUGUAAUUGUGGGUGUGUUUUACAGUUCCCCUGUAACGAUUGGUUGUACUGUGUCCCACCCUGUGGGAUGUCCCCGUGCAUGGGGACUUGCAUAAAAGCCAGUUUGUGGCCAUUACAGAGAGUUCCUGCUUAACCCUCAAAGUGAAGUGUCGUCUCAUUAUUGGGGGGAGGAUUUACUGUAUGCUGUGAGAGACUGAUUGCCAGGAAGGUAAGCCGCUUGGGGUCUUUUCCUGUUCGUCUGCUAGCAGCUAUUCAUGUGUUUCCAGUUCGGGAGAUCGGUGCUUACAGUAGCUGUCGGUGUAGCUGAGAAAGGGGAAUAUCGCCUAAACGGUUUUUAACCUCUGGUGAGCAAAACGGUCCAUUACACAGGCAAAGGAAAGAUGAGCUACACCGGGAGUCUGUGUCUCUGGCACAAGAACAGCGCUCCAUACGAGACCAGACUGAGAAAAAACUCAGAUGCUUCAACUGCCACAUGCAAGGACAUAUUGCAUAUAACUGUCCUGAGAGUGAAGAGCCAAUACAGUGUGACAAAGGAAUAAGGGCUCUGCAUAGGAUAGUAUUGACUUGCUUAAAGAUGUGUAUGGUGACUGGUGGUGGUGUUACAGGACAGCUAAAAGUGGUGAUGGUGGUAGGGAAGAGUGCACAAGCACUGAUAGAUUCAGGGAGUGAGGUUACUUUGAUGAAAAGUGUUCUGUUCCAGCCAGAGUAUGCAGCUGCCUACCUUGAUGUGGUGUUUCACAGGGUGGACUGGGUAGCACACCUGAUGAAGGUCCGGUUAGUUGUGAAUAAUGUAAGGGCUGCCGGUUUGACCGCUAACACUGCUAACUAUUUGGGUUAUCCUAUUGGGUGGGGGCUCCUUAAACUACAAGGGAGCAAGGUUUUUUGUUUUUCUUAAGGCUGGUAUGAUCAUGUCAAUUUAUGUUCAUUCUCUUGCUCUUCUUUGCUCCUCUCGCCCCACCACUUGCCCGCUCGAUCCUGUCCCAUCUCACCUUAUCAGAUCUCUCUCCACUUGUCUCGUGCCUUCUUUAACACACAUCUUCAACUGCUCGCUCUCUUCUGGCAUCGUCCCUGCUGACCUUAAACAUGCCACUGUAGUACCUAUACUAAAAAAACCAUCCCUUGACCCAUCCACCCCCUCUAACUACCGUCCCAUAUCCCUGCUCCCUUUUUCCUCAAAGCUUCUGGAAAGACUCGUCUUUACCCGUGUGUCUCAUUUCCUCAAUUCCAACUCUCUCCUUGACCCCCUUCAAUCUGGCUUCCGCCCUCUCCACUCUACAGAGACUGCCCUUAUCAAAGUUACUAACGACCUAAUCGCAGCUAAAUCCAAAGGCCACUACUCCAUACUAAUUCUUCUUGACCUCUCGGCGGCCUUUGACACCGUUGAUCAUGCUCUCCUUCUUCAAACUCUGCAAUCGCUUGGUCUCUGUGACUCUGUCCUCUCGUGGUUUUCCUUUUAUCUCUCCCAACGCUCAUUCAGUGUCUCUUUUUCUAAUGAUACCUCCUCCCCUCGCCCUGUCUCGGUUGGAGUCCCCCAAGGCUCCGUCCUUGGUCCCCUUCUAUUUUCUCUUUAUACUGCCUCUCUUGGCAAACUUAUUACCUCAUUUGGUUUCCACUACCACCUGUACGCUGAUGACACCCAGCUAUAUCUCUCCUCCCCGGACCUCUCCCCUGCUGUCCUGCAACGUGUCACUGCUUGCCUUUCUUCCAUCUCUGACUGGAUGUCCUCCCGCUUUCUGAAACUCAAUCUCUCAAAAACUGAGCUCCUUGUCUUUCCUCCUCCUAAUACUGAUCCUCCUCUUUCGCUCUCCCUUCAAGUUUGUGGUACCAACAUCAGCCCAUCCUUGCAAGCGCGCUGUCUUGGCGUCAUACUUGACUCUGGUCUCACCUUUGAGCCUCACAUCCAGCAUGUUGCCAAAUCCUGUAGAUUCCAUCUUAAAAACAUAGCCCGCAUCCGCCCCUUUCUUGCACCAGAUACUACCAAGGAGCUUGUCCAUGCUCUAAUAAUUUCACGCAUGGAUUAUUGUAACCCUCUCCUGCUUGGUCUACCCAAAAGCCGUACUGCACCCCUACAGUCUGUAAUGAAUGCUGCUGCUAGACUGAUUUUCCUCUCUAGUCGGUUCUCUCACACCUCACCCCUCUGCCAGUCCUUACAUUGGCUUCCUGUGUGCUAUAGGAGUCAAUUCAAGGCACUAACUCACACCUAUAAAGCACUGAACAACUCUAGCCCCUCUUAUAUCUCCUCACUGAUCCACAGGUAUGUCCCUUCUCGGUCUCUCCGCUCUGCCCGUGACCACCUCCUGUCAGUUGUCCGCACCCGUAGGCCAACUCGCGCUUGCAGGACUUCUCGCGGGCGGCUCCCUUCCUAUGGAAUAGCCUGCCUACCGCCAUCCGACUAUCCCCUAGUCUUGCAUCUUUUAAGAAGUGCCUUAAAACCCAUCUCUUUAGGAAAGCUUAUGGCCUCCAAGACUAACCCCUACCUCACAUACCCGUCUCUUGCCCUCUCCUAAAGGGCAGCCCACCUUAUUUGAUUGCACAUUCCUGUCCUAAUGUGUUUUACACCCCACCUCCUAUAGAAUGUAAGCUCGAUUGAGCAGGGUCCUCUUCAACCUAUUGUUCCUGUAAGUUUAUUUGUAAUUGUCCUAUUUAUAGUUAAAUCCCCUUUCAUAAUAUUGUAAAGCGCUACGGAAUCUGUUGGCGCUGUAUAAAUGGCAAUAAUAAUAAUAAUAAGGUAGCCGCCAUCUACAAUAGGCCACUUCCUGUAACUGAGAAGCUAGUCAGGGCUGGUACAGCCCUAGGUGUUAUGAAUGUUCACAGUUUGUGUUUGAAGGCCGAUGGGUCUGAGCUGGGGGGGAGGAUAUGUGAUAAAGUGAAGGCAGAUAGGCCUAUAACAUUUAACCCCAGGGGGAGUAUGUGUAGUAUGUGUUGUAGGCAACACAAACCACCGUUUAGUUAUGGGCCCCUGGGGUGGAGCAUUUGGAGAGCAGGGUGGGCCAAUGCUCCACUCCGCAGUUCAUACAUAACUGGGAGAAAUAAGGUCCAGGCCAGAGUUUUUUGGAUCUGUCUCCAACCCACUGCUCAGUUGCAGAUAAUCAGCUGUAGCAGUGGGAAUAAACCCCUCCCUGCUAGGCAGGAAAAGAUGGGGGGGGAUUGCUGGCUUCCUCCUAGGAAGCAGGUUGGAAAGAGGCUGUUCUCUCCCGUGAGAGAGUCAAGGAGACUGAGCACUGGGAGUGCAAAAGGAAAGCAGUCAAGGCUGGCUUGGAGCACUGGGAGUAUGGAAAAGAGAGAGAAUGUUUGUUUGUUUUUUUCUUGAAGGGCUGGAAGCAGCAGGCUGACUAAACACUGGAGUGCUGAGAGCUAACAAAGACACUAGGUUGGUGAAACCAGUAUUAUUUUGUUAUAGUUUAACCCCUGAGAGAUAGGGAAUCUGAAGUUAGUGCUCAGAUGAGCUAGGUUUUUGUUUCUAGGGAUUUUGUUACAUUAUUGUUUUUUCAUUUACUGCAGUCUCCUGUGUGGAUUUACAAAUAAAGUGCCUGGAAUUAAUUUACUUUAAAAGACUAUGCAUGUUUGUACCCAAAAGGACCGUGCUAACUGUUACCUGUUUUAAAUUUAACCAGGUAUUGCAAAUAACACGAAGGGCAUUUCCUCCUACACUCAACAGAGCAUUGGAGAAAUCUUACCUUUGGCUUAUCUGUUGCUAAAUCCAUUACCUGCUGGAAGUAGGUUUUGGAUAAGAUAGUGGCUUGGGAAUCAGUAUCUAUUAACCCUUUGAAAGGUUGUAGUAGGGAAUCCUGUAUUUCUAAAGACAUGUAGUACCUUUCUUUAUGUUCUUCUAAUUCACACAAGAAUUUAGAAUGUGUCAACAUAUCACUCGUCUUCCAUCUGUUACCUGUUACAGCAGUAGUUUCUACCUAUACUGAGGAAUGCUCAGUGCUACCCACUUGCCUAUUCCUUUUCAGGAAUUUUUUGAAUGUUCAAGCUGGAACUUGUGGUUGUCAUCUCAUCAGUUAACCCUUUCAAGUCUGGAUCCUGGAAACUAGGGGCUGUUAAGGAUAUAUGUUAGCUUGUGGAUCAUUUUGAUCUGACUGCAAUAUAAAAUGAGAGAUUAGAGACACUUCCUUUGCCACUGUAAGUGGGUAUACUAUAAGGACAACACAAUUUUUCACACAACUAUUGUGUGUUUUACUGUUUGGAUCUGGAAAGGAAACAGUGUAAGGCAUUACAUCUAUUGACAACCUAGCCUGUUCAGUCACAGUGGCUUUUAUUGCAGUGGCACCUGCAGUUGCUGUUGCAGUUGAUUAAGUGGCUCUGCAAUUGAGCCUUACUCCCAAAACAAAAAUAAAAAAAUGAUUUCUGGCAAAGAUUUGGUUAAAUUCCAUUAAUUUGCCCAUCUGGUUAAUCAAUUGACCAACCUGAUGAUGCAAUUAUUUUUGCCAUUGCCGUUCUGUCCUUGCCCAUUAGAGUUAGGCUGGGAUGGCUUAGACUGUUGUUAGUUAUUGCAAGCAGAUCGGUUGUUUCUGUCUCCAAUAUAUCUCCUAUUUCCCUAAGAACUCCUUCUCCACUGAGAAUUGCCUUGGUUCUUGUUAAACCAGGGAUUAGUUUAUUCUCACUGACCUUGGACUCUCUUAGAGCUAUCAUCAGAGGAAUCAACAAUUGAUAGUAGAUGUUUCCUGUUUCUGAGGUUUUGGAAUUUUCAGAACCUCAGAAUAAGUCCUCUUUUCUGUUGGGAUUCUAAUCCUAACUGAACUUUCGUCUCUGACACAAUUUUAUCACUACGUUUCUUAACCUUUUGUUAAUUUUCAUCAUAUGCAUGGUAUAUAGUAUACAGUUUCAUGCACUGACUGACUAGUGAUUCUAACGCUUGUAAGAUUCAUCUACAUGUUUGCCAGGAUAGCAUAAAAAUACAGAUCUUUGAAUUCUGUACUUUCAUACAUGGGUUUCCUUCCUGGAAGAUGCAUUUUUUAGAAUUAUUAAAAAUUCUCUGGGGUUUUGGUCGGUAUGGCACUUUAAAUUAUCAAGCGCUUUCUUAGCAGAAGCCAUGGUUAAAAAAAGCAAUAAGAACAAGCACUCAAAUUAAAGGCUGCUGCUCCCUGGAUCCAGCUGUCAGUUUACCAUGCCGCCAAGUCGCAGACUGAAGAGCAUCAGCUGCCGCCCUCACACACUAAGCGUAUUCUUCUGUGGCUCUCUGAGAAGGCGGAGCACGUAGACGUCACGCCCCCAUGCUCCUUCUCCUCCACGCAACGGACCUCUGCAUCACCCAUGUGGAUCCCCAGCCACGGCUCUCCCCUCACCAUUCACAAGUCAAGUUCACAGCAGCACUUGACUUGCUCUGCACUGCAGACACAUAACUCGGCUGGUCUGUGAGUGACCAAAUGCGAGCAGUGUUGGCCACCCGGUGCCCCUGUUGCCAUGGCGCCCUGUGCUUCCGCACAGCUCAUACACCCCGAAGGCCAGCCCUGGUGUCACCCCCACCUGUGAUGCACAACCUGGUGGGGUCUGCACCCCCUGAACCCCCCUGUCUUACGCCACUGGCAAGAGCAUCUCCAAAACAGCAAGUGCAGUACCUACCAAAAGUGGUGCAAGGAAGGAAAAGCUGCCAAGCCCAAGGCUCACUGAUGCACAAAAGGAGUGAUGGCUUGCCCAUCUUAUCCAAUCACACACAGAAUCAACUGUAGCUCAGAUUGCUGAAAACAGUACCCAUGAUGACUCCUGUCCACCACUAAAAGUACCUUCAAAGGAAAUGUGAAUGUUAAAACGACCAUCAAACAAUGGAAGAAGGUUGCCUGGUCCAGGGCCGGCCCAAGACAUUGUGCUGCCUAAGUCCAAGGAUGAGUUGAUGCUAUCCACCCAAACACAUGUGUCUCUGUGUGUGCUGGGUAUGAAAUGUGUCUGUGUGUGCACUGGGGAUGAAGUGUAUGUCUGUGCUGUGGGUGAAGUGUGUGUAUGUGUGCUGGGGAUGAAGCGUGUAUAUGUGCUGGGGGUGCAGUGUGUAUCUGUGCGUGCUGGGGAUGUCGUGUGUGUGUGUGCACUGCAGCAAUACACUUACCUAUAUACUGUGUCUGUGUAUCUGCAUGUCUGUUAGUGUGCUUGUAUCUGCAUGUGUGUCAGUGUUUGCAUUGGUGUGUGUAAUAAAUUCUCGUUUCUUCUUCUGUGUCUUUUUCCAGUUGAUUGAUAUAUACGUCUUUUUUAUAUAUAGUCUUGGGUCAAAGGCUCGCUACAUUAUUACACGUCUAUAUUAAUGAAAAGUACCAAUAUGCAAUCUGACUUACGGUUUCUUCAUGCUUAUUCUUAGUUACUGAUACAUAAUAAAACAACAAAGGAUGUUACAGGAUAAUGGAUGUUCAACAGCAGAUGGUAAUUGCUGGACUCCUGAAGGGAGAGUUACAUCGAGAGAGAGAGACAGAGAGACCUUGUGUCCCUUUGUUCAGUUACUAUAUAGAUAUGCCCAUACUGACGUCAGAGUAUAACUCUAGCCAUAUAAGGACAAGACCCUCAAUUCACAUUCCAGAGUUCUCAUACAAAGAAAGCCAUGUGAUUUAGACCAUCUGUUACUUAUGUCAAUCCACACAUCUAUAUAUAAUCAAUGGAAACAUAGACUAUGCAAUAUUCUACAGUGUGUCUGUACCUGCAUGUGUGGCAAUAUUCGUAUCUGUGUGUCAGUAUUUAUAUCAGUAUAUCUGCAUGUGUAUCAGUGUGUCUGCAACUGUAUGGGCGUCAGCAUGUGUAUCAAACACAGACACACACUGUAAUGCUAGUGUGUCUCUGUGUAUGUGCUGGGGAUGAAAUGUGUCUGUGUGUGUGCUGUGGCUGAAGUGUGUGUCUGUGUACUGGGGUUGAAGCGUGUCUGUGUGUGUGCUGGGGGUGCAGUGUGUGUCUGUGUGAGCUGGGGUUGAAGUUUGUGCCUCUGUGUGCUGGGGAUGUAGUGCGUGUCUGUGCACUGCAGCAAAUACACUAACCUAUAUACUGUGUCUGUGUAUCUGCAUGUGUAUCAGUGUUUUCAUAUAUAUAUCUGUAUGUGUCAGUAUCUGUAUCAGUAUAUCUGCAUGUGUUUCAGUGUGUCUGCAACUGUAUGGGUGUCAGCAUGUGUAUCAAACACACACACUGAUACGCAUGCAGAUACAGACAUACAGAUACACACACUGCCACAUGCAGAUAUACAGACAUAAUGAUACAGACAUGCACACUGACACACAUACAGAUACGCACGCACACACACACACACACACACUGAGUAACAUAUAACGUAACAUUGACAAGCACAUUUUAUUGGGUACUGUAUCUAUACGGAUUCUAUAAUGUGAGGUGGGUAGGUUCGCAACUGUGACAAUGGACUUGUGAUAGGUCAAGUGUUCUGCCAUUCGGGCUCUAGUUGCAAAGAAUAACCACUAUUAACUUUAAAGUACUACUGUGUGAUUUAACAAAUGCAUUCAACAAUUGUUUGGUGGAUUUUAUGAAAUCCAAUAACCUGGAUAUUGUUAACAAUCAUUAAACCCUGACUGUCUGCAAAUUAGUGCUGCAAUCUACAAUCAUAACAUAUUUAAUAUAGUAAUUGUCUUUAUAUUUUAUGCUUUACCACAUUCUAUGUGUCCAGCAUUUCAGCCACACCUGUGGUACAUGGGUACUGGUACAGAUACACACACACACACACACACACACAGAGAUACACACACACACACACACACUCUACACAUAGAUACAUGCACAUUAAGCUUACCUUCUGCUGGCUGUGCCCGGAUCAGAAGAUCCUUGUGGCUCCUUUCUCCCACAUGGCUGUGUGAGUGAGUUGUGAGGAAGGGAUAUUAUGUAAUCUCCUCCAAACUCUCCCUGCAGUUAAGAAGGGUCGCACUGUUAAAGGAUCACUAUAGUGCCAGGAAAACAUAUUCACCCUCAGGGACCCCCUCCCGCCGGGCUCUGGGGAGAGGAAAGGGGUUAAAAUUACCUUUUUUCCAGCGCCGGGCGGGGAGCUCCUCUCUUCCUCUCCUCCUCCGAUCCUCCUCUUCGGCUGAAUGCGCAUGCGCGGCAGGAGCUGCGCGCGCAUACAGCCAGUCUCAUAGGAAAGCAUUCCUAAUGCUUUCCUAUGGACGCUGGCUUCUUCUCACUGUGAUUUUCACAGUGAGAAGCACGCAAACACCUCUAGCGGCUGUCAAUGAGACAGCCACUAGAGGCUUUAGAGGCUGGAUUAACCCAUUUAUAAACAUAGCAGUUUCUCUAAAACUGCUAUAUUUAUAAAAAAAAAAAGGGUUAAUCCUAGAGAGACCUCGCACCCAGACCACUUCAUUAAGCUGAAGUGGUCUGGGUGCCUAGAGUGGUCCUUUAAAGCGUCACAGCACACUACCAGGCCCCUCAUUGCACAUGUCCAUCAGGUGACCCUAAGGGCAUGGGCCACCUGUUGGACCCUCAUUCAGUUGCCCAACCUGUGCAGUGCACCGCCACCACGUGUUGGGAACCCCUGCUUUAGAUAAUGACAGGUACAGCAAAAUACCUAUACUAAAUUGGGAGGAGGGUUAGAUGUGGCUGUAGGGGUUAAGCAGGGCAAGCAAUGUGGCUAUGUGGAGAUACAUUGGUAGGGGAAUGUGGUUAUAGGAAGAAGAACUUAAAGUUGGUAUGUCUGUAAGGAAAUGUAUUUGGGGAUAUGCAUUGGAGCUGUAACAAUGCAUAUCCCCCAAUGCACCUAGUUCUUGGACACAAGUAACUUAAAAGCCUACCUUGUCUAUGAGUACAGUGUGCACCAUUGAGUGUGGAGUAAGAUGUAAAUAUUCUAGUGCAUUGUGAGUAAAAUUAGAACAUGACACCACAUACUUGUCAAGGCUAUGUUUAGUGAAAUAUUUAUUUUCUUUUACUAAACAAAUACUUUAUCUAAUAUAUAUAUAUUUAUUUUCAGGCAAAAGGGAUUUUCAUUAAAUUGGCAAGAGUCAAGAAAGUACAUCGUAACAAGCACUUUAUAACAUUCACAGAAAUGAUUUCAUAUACAAAAGAGAGGAUAUUGUUAAUAGCUGGAAUCAAACAACCAAAGUAUGCAGACAGAGUCAUAACAAACAGCAAUGUAAGCAAACAAGUUUGUGUUAAAUUAUGCACUGUAAUAUUUCGUAGAAGAUUUAUAUUUUACAUUAGACUUCAAUUUAGUAUAUAGACUCGUGUUCAUAUUCAGAACUCAAGAAUAUUUCAGAAUGUUAAUAGGGUCUGCAGUUGGCAGAGAAUCUGCCCAUUCAUUCAAAGUUUUCACCCUGAGAAUAUUCAGCACUAUAACUAUAAUGAUAUACAGGGACGGACUGACAGUGGCCUGGGCCCCCGGGAAAAAUUAGGACCUGGUCUCCCCCCAGACCAAUAUAUAUGCUGGUAUAUAAGAUGGUGUUUGUACGGUGUAUUUGAUUAUAUAUGUGCAUGUAAAGUGAAUGUAUGUUUUUGUGUGCAUAUUCCCUGUGACCCUUGGUUUAAGUAAAUAUAUGUAAGUUUGUGUCUAGUGUCACAAUGUGUGGAUUCAGAGUAAUAUAAUUUUUUUUUUUUUUAAAUAGUGUAGUAGUUAAAGGACCACUAUAGUGCCAGGAAAACAAACUUGUUUUCCUGGCACUAUAGGUCUUUGGGUGCCCCCCAGCCUCAGGGUCCCCUCCCGCCGGGCUCAAGAAGGGUUAAGGGCUUAAUCACUGACCUUUCUCCAGUGCCAGGCUCCCUCGGCUCUGGGGAAAUCUCCUCCCUCUUCCGACGUCAGCGCUGAAUGCGCAUGCGCGGCAACAGCCGCGUGCGCAUUCAAUCAGUCCAUAGGAAAGCAUUUCUCAAUGCUUUCCUAUGGACAUCAGCGACUUCUCACUGUGAUUUUCACAGCGAGAAGCACGGAAGCGCCUCUAGCGGCUGUCAAUGAGACAGCCACUAGAGGCUGGAUUAACCCUAAUGUAAAUAUAGCAGUUUCUCUGAAACUGCUGUCUACAGCUGCAGGGUUAAUCCUAGAUGGACCUGGCACCCAGACCACUUCAUUGAGCUGAAGUGGUCUGGGUGUCUAUAGUGGUCCUUUAAGUGUGUAUGUGAAUCAUGGCAAUGUGUUUAUAUGUGCAAUGCAGGAAUCCAAAUUUUGGGUCUUGAAGUACUAACCAUGUGCUAAAAGUUACGAGCCACCUUAAAGGGACAAUAUAGUCACCAGAACAACUUCAGAUUAAUGUAGUUGUUCUGGUAUGUACAGCCAGUCCUUACAGGCAUUUUAAUGUUAACCCUGCCUUUUCAGAAAAAGGCUGCGUUUACAUUGCUGCAUAGGGACGCCUCCAGUGGCAGUCACUCAGACGGCCACUAAAGGUGCUUCCUGGGUCAGUGAUCGACAAUGUGCAGCACUGAUGUUCAGUGCCUCAUUGCUCUGCAUGGAGGCGUUACACUUUCCCCACAGAGAUGCAUUGAUUCAAUACAUCUCUAUGAGGAGAUGCUGAUUGGCGCAACACAGUGUUUUGCCAUGUGUGCCAAUAAGCUUCCCAAUGCUUCCUUUGGGAGAGCAUUGAAAUGGCUGAGAUUAUCAAUUCUGAUUAUCUCAGUCAAGGGGCCAGAGCAUGGGCUCAGCCAGCGCCGGCGGCCAUGUGUGGCCCUGAAAUAAAGGUUAGUUUAUUACCUUUUACGAAGGGGCAAAGGGAUGCCGGUAACCUAAAUGGUGUUUUUUAAACUAUAUGGUCAGGAAUACACAUUUAUUUUUUUGUUUGUUUUGGAAUUCAUUCUACUAUGUCCAUGACAUCAGGGUGUGUAUGCAGUGAUGUAUUUAUAUUGAGGGUCUGCAUGCAAGGCCAUAUUUGGAUGUAGUUUGUGUGUGAACUCAAGUUUGUCAAGUAGUUUGAUGUGUGGAACAUCCGUGUGGGUGAACACAGGGGCAUGUAGUUGUUAUAAGUGCUGUAGUGGGGAAGCGGUAAUAGAGGCAAUAGUAGGAGGCAGGGUAAUAUAAGCUAUUGAGGGUGCAGGGGAGGAAUAGAGGCUGAAGAGGGUAACAGGGAUUGUAGAAUAUGUAGGGGGGUAAUAGGGUUGUAGUGGGUAAUAGGGGUUGUAGGAUGUGUAAGUGGUGAUAGGGGUUGUAGUAUGUGCAGGGGUGAUAGGGGUUGCAGUGGGUAAUAGGGGUUGUAUGAUGUGUAAGGGAUUGUAGGGGUUGUAGUGUGUGAUGGGGUGAUAGGGGUUGUAUUGUAUGUUAGGGAGUGAUAGGGGUUGUAGUGUGUGUGGGUUGAAGUAUGUUAGGGAGUGAUAGGGGUAGGAGUGUGUAGGGGUUGUAGUAUGUGUAGGGGUGAUAGGAGUUGUAGAGUGUGCUGGGGUUAAUAGGGGUUGUGUGUGUGUGUAGGGGAUGAUAGGGGUUGUAGUGUGUGUAGGGGUUGUAGUAUGUGUAGGGGUGAUAGGAGUUGUAGAGUGUGCUGGGGUUAAUAGGGGUUGUGUGUGUGUGUAGGGGAUAAUAGGGGUUGUAGUGUUUGUAGGGGUUGUAGUAUGUGUAGGGAGUGAUAGGGGUUGUAGUGUGUGUUGGGGCUUGGUGAAUAAAGGGGAAUGGAUGGAUAGGUUAAAAAAAAAAGCUAAAAUAAUGUAUCCCCCCCUCCCUAAACCUUACCUUUGUCCACGAAGUUCAAGUAGGUAAUCCUUACCCACAGUGGUGCAGAGAGUCCAACCUCCAUCUUGCCAUGUGAGUGUCUAGAAGAGCUCCCUCUCUGGCCGGCCAUGGAAUUGCGGGCAGGCUGCCAGAAACACUGAUAAAGCAGCUCCGCACAGGCUGCUCUGAUCAGUUACAGGCAGCCUGCAUGGAGGGCUCUGCUCCUGGAGUCUCUGCCGAGACAGGCACAGUGAGAGGCAGCCUGGAGGGUCUUUGAUAAGGCCCCUGGGCUGUCUCUCAGUGUGCUACAAAGGUCUGCUGACUGUGAGUAUAGCCGACCAUGGGGGGAACUUCACUAACAGCAGGGGCCCCUUACUGAGUGCAUUCUGGCUGGGGAGCUUGCCGAACUCCCCAGCUGCUAUUACAUUCUGCACCACGGGCGGGCCCCCCAGAGCCUCGGGCCUUCGGUCCAUGACCGAUAUGCCCGAGUGCUCAGUCCGCCCCUGAUGAUAUAUACCCAAUGCAAAGAUUGUAGAACCAGGAGAUCCAGAGUUAAUCUAAUUAUUUUUUUUCUUCUGCACUGUUUGCUUUUUUUUUUCUCUCUCCUCCCUAACUCUAUGAUCUUCACACAAGAUAUGUAUGACCCUCUGCGAGAAUGGUAUCUAUUUUCUAUCAAAUCUGUGUCUUAUCUGCACUCAUGUCGCUUUAACCCCUGUGAUACACAGGGACAUGGUGAUACAUAGUCUCAGUGUCCUUCUGUGUCCCCAAAUGUCUCAGCAUCCCCAUGUCUCACAGUGUCCCCUAGUGACAUGGGGACACUGGGAGACAUGGGGACAUUUGGAGACAGGGAGACACUGGGAGCAAUCCAUCUAUACAGCAGAAUCAAAUUGUAAGUAAUGUUUUGGUGAUUUCACUGAAUUUUCUCUGUCACUCCUUCUGAUUUACAUCAUGUGAUGUCACGCAUAUAUAAUUAGUUAUGCAAAUUAGUAAGGCCUGUAUUUUUUUCCAAGAAAGGUGGCAACCCUAAUUACUCUUCACAUACUCUUGCUUAAGUAUCGAAACUUAAGAGGGAUAUAUGGAAACAAAACUUGUGUGGACUGGCUGAAAUGAAAUUAGUUAAGGUAAUGCUGGGGCAUAUUCCCUUUCUUCUACACUCACUACAUCCACCUUUUCUCUGUCCCAGACUGUAUACCAGGUGCUUCUGCUUGCUAGUAAGAUGUAAGGAGACAAGUGGACAUGUGAGUGCUAGGUGAAAGUCCUUGGAAAGCAUGGAGCGAGCGCAUCCUUAGACGCAUUUUUGCCAAGCUCAGGAUGCUGUUGGCCUGAAUGCAUGAUUGGCAGGCAGCCUGACAUGCAUUCAUGCCAGGCUUGCCUUCCAAUUCUUUGGGCAGACACACCUCCUUUUUGGGCAUGUUCAUCCCUAUCGGGAGUUCUGGUUACAUGAUCUGCGUCAGUGGCCCACCCUUUUACACCACCCAUUGACUUCCUGCUUCACUGGACACUGCUGUUAGGGGGUAUGGAUUUACUUGAAAGAUGAAAGCAUGAAUUAGAGAGAGCAUAUUUUAAGAGAAUCUGAGGUUUUUUUUUAUAGCUGCCUACUAUGAGUUUCCCUCCGGCAAUAUCUCCACUAGAUACAUAACGUUUGAGAGGUAUGACUGUUUUAGUGUUUUUGGUUGAUAAAAAUCUGUGCAUAGGCCCCUCAUAAUUGUCGGCACUAGGUCCACUUCGCUCUUAAUCUGGCCCUUGUGACAGCUACUCCAGAAACUUUUUCUCCACUUAAAGAUGCAAUGCACAACAAUGGGGUUACAACUUAGAAUACUGUAACUUAGAAUACAAAUAAUGUAAUACUAUUUUAACAGAUGAAAUAUACAAUGACCAAUUGAUGGAUGGGUGUAGUUUGGAUUUGUAUUAUUGUUUUAAGUUUGCUGAUCUCUUGCUGAGACAAAAUACAUGUAACUGACACUCUGUGUUUUAUAUUUUACUGAUGGAAAGCAAUAAAUAUUUCUGGAGCUUUCUCUUAAAUACUUUGCUGAAGUCCCAUGGAGGACUAAGAAACAGCUGAUUGCCCCUAUUACAUUAGAGGAGGCAUCUUUGAAAUGUGUUUCAUGCAUCCAUCUUUUAAGUGCAAUUGAGUCAUUGCAUAUUGUAUUAUGCAAUGAUAUCCUGCAUGCACAGACAUACAUAUACACAAGUAGUGUAUAUGUACAAAUAUACACAAGUACAUACACAAUAUACACAAGUUCAUACGAUAUACAUAUAAAUAUAUGUAGAUGUGCAUGUGUGUGUCUUUGUAUGCUGGAUAUAAGCCUUCAUGUAUAUUCUGGAACUCUUGAAUGUGAAUCCAUGCAUUCUUAAUCUAAGUAAUUAUUUUUUUUGUUCCUUCUAGCACCAUCUGCACUGCUUGCUUGUUUUUUUUUUUCUCUCUCCUCCCUAACUCUAUGAUCUUCACACAAGAUAUGUACGACCCUCUGCGAGAAUGCUAUCUAUUUUCUAUCAAAUCUGUGUCUUAUCUGCACUCGUGUCGCUUUAACCCCUGUAUCACAACUCAACUUUGAAUUCUAUAUGUCGUCUCUGUUUAGAAAUACUUUAGGCUUGAGAAAGGGAGGAUCAACGAAAGCUUGCCAUUACAAAGUUCUGUUAGUCCAAUCAAAAAGCUAUUACAAAAUAUGAAUUUUAUCUGGGUUUUUUACAUCUGUGGUACUUGACUAAUACAGCAUCAAUCUCUGCUUGAACACUGUACUAAACAUAGUAUAGAUAUUAAACUGUAACCCCAUAAUUAAGCAGUUCACUAGGCAUCAGAGCAUCUUGAACAUGGGAAUUAAUGAAAGAGCAAGUCCAUUUGCCAAGCCAAACAUAAGGCACCAAAACUAUUUAUGAACUUUAUCCAUGCACAGUACACUAGUUCACACCUGUUCACUUAGGAGUGAAGCAGAGAGUGUACUUAUUCACAAUCAGAGGUCAAGGUUAAAGAUUAACUUGAUUAACCUAGUUUAUAUAGGAGACAAUGUCCAAUUACCUCUUGUAGUACAUGAUAAUAUGACAGUUACUAUAUAUCCAUUAUUCUUGUUCCAAAAAGAAUUUCUAUUUAGAUGAAUUUGAGGGCCUCAUUGAUGAACUUUUAUUUCACCUGAAUGCAAUAUCAAAGAGUCUACACUGCUCGCUUCCAGCAAAGCCACUUUGUUACACAGAAGAAGAGGAUGAAGCCCACCUCAUUUCAACCUAUUCUAGUGUUUACAUUAAACAAUCACCAGUGGUAAGUUAGUACAAAAGGAUACUACAUUACAAAAUGCAUAUUUCUUGUUCAGUCAAUGGUUUAAAUACAAGGUGAACUACAUGGGUCAAGUCCUGGAGGAUUAAGUGUGGGAACUCACCCAAGAUUCCCCCCCCCAAAAAAAUAAUAAUAUACACUCGUAUAUAUAAACACGUGCACACACACCUACUCACAGACACACAUACUCAGACACACACACAUACACUCAAACACAUACACUCACAGAAACAAACACUUUAUUCAUAUUUUUUAAAAUUUAAAAAAAGUCUACCCAGCCUCCCUACCUGGAGAGCUGGCAUGGCCCUGUCCCUGGGGUCCAAUGGGGCUUCAGUGAGGUGGGUGACUGUCUCCCUGUCAGACGCGGUGAGGGAGCUGUGUUCUCUCUGAUCUGCUCCCUCGCAGGCUGCCUACUGAUGCCGGCUCCCGGCAUCAGCAAACGGCGCGCGAGGGAGAAGAUCAGAGAGAACACAGCUCCCUCACCGCAUCUGACAGGGAGACAGGCUACUGCCGGGGGGUGGGGGGUGUCCAUUAGGUGACCAUCAGGCCACCUCUUGGGUCCCCCCCACGACAGGGGAACAUUUGGAGGUGGCAUUUUUUGCCGACCCCUGAGUGUCUGAAGGAGCAACGGGAACAACGUUCCUGCAGUGAAAAAAGUGCUGGAACGUCGUUCCUGCAAGACUCGAGCCCUAGUGAACUACAUAGUAGUGUUGUCAGAUUUGUGGGUAAAAUAUUCUGCCUUUCCUCAUUUUCAAGAUAAUCAUUGUAAGUGUACUUUACAACCUUGUAUUCAUUGUGGAUUCAUUUAAUAUAAAUAGUGAAAUCCAUUUUAAAUAUUAUAGUAUCUGUACUUUUAUAAACAUUUUAGCUAGUGGUUUAUUUUUGUUGACUUUUUUUGUUGUUUUUUUUUAUAUACAGCACUUAAAUAACUCAGAAUGGUAUAUUAAAUUGCACAACACUUUACGAGCACAUGUUCAUUGAAAAAAUUUAUUUUUAGAGGAAUAAUGCAUGUAUUGUAUGUUUUGUUACUUAAAACAUUGUUUUUCCUGCUUCCAAACCAACUUAAUACAGUCUUACAAAAUUUUAUUUUUAUAAUGCUAGAAUUCUCUGUAUUCCGAAGAUGUUCAAGAAGAAAAUACACUUGAAGAAGGAACCUGUUUAGAGUCUGCCUCUUUGAAUAUUGAGCUACACAGGUAG